GAGAGGGGCGCAGCGCUGGCGGCGGCCCUUCGCGCUUAGUUUUCCCGGGGGGCUGUUUGGGAGGGCAGCCUUCCUCUCCGCGCGGGCCAGUCGUCUGUCUCUCACCCUGCGCGCCCCUUGCCCAGGAGGGGCCGCAACCUGCGCCCGAGACAAAGCCCCCCACUCCCAUUCCCGAGGCGGAGAAGGGCUGUGCUGGGGCCGACGGAGUCCCGGGACCCUUCUGGGGCGCAGCCUUCCCGCCGAGAUCCCCGCGCUCCUGCGCGCCUCCGACGCUGCGCGCAUCUUGCGCGCCUCCGCCGAGCUGGGCUCCCCUUUCGAACCGGCGGAGCUGGGCUCCCCUUUCGAACCGGCGGCGGGCAUCAGCCUCUCCCUGCCCGGGCAGACCAGGGGGCGCCUGGCCGAAGAGAGGCUGCUCCACUGCCCCUGCGCCCUGUUUACUUUUUCCCUUCCAGAAAUGGAUCCCGCGGCUCCGCUGCGCGCCGGCCCAGCGCGGCCCCACCGCCGCGGCGUCAGAAAAUGGGGGCGCCGGGCGGCUCAAGUCUAAGCGACCCCGCCGCCGCUGCCGGACCUUUGAGAUCUACCUGGCCCGGAGCAGGUAGGCUCGGCGGCUUGCAGGGCGAAGGGACCCCGGGGGCGCCCGCGGGCCGGGGGGGUGGUCUGUGGUUCGAAAGCGCAGCCGGGCUCUCCAGAGGGGAGGUCGGAGGGGUCUCUUCCUGCUCCCUGGCUGCGCGUGUUUUCUUGCCUGCGCGACUUGCCGGCUUCGGCAGGUCCGGAGAGCGCAGCGGGAAAGAGCAGCUGCUUGGGAUGCAGAAUGUCAGUUCCUGCCUGAAACCCAGAGGAGGUGAUGCUGAGCUGGACCGAGGGAGUCUGACUCUGUAUCUGGCAAUUUCCUACGUUCUGAUGUGUGGGGGGAGCACAAAAUGCCAGCGGCUGAGCCCUGCCCUCCUCCUCCGUGCUUGGGGAGGCCCUGGAAUGACUCCACUACCAACCCCCACAAAGUCUCAAAUAUCCUGGGACCUGUAUGAAGCAUAAAGUUGGAAGGCACCCCAAAGGUCAUCCAGUCCAACCCCCUACAAUGCAGGAAUUGCAAGCAUUAACUAGGGACUGGGAGCGGCCUCCGAGACCAUAUCACCGGUCCUGAAAGACCUACAUUGGCUCACAGGACGUUUCUGGGUACAAUUCAAAGUGUUGGUGCUGAACUUUAAAGCCCUAAACGGCCUCAAAUGCCCAGUAUACCUGAAGGAGCAUCUCCACGCCCAUCGUUCAGCCCAGACACUGAGAUCCAGCUCUGAAGGCCUCCUGGCAGUUCCCUCACUGCGAGAAGUGAGGUUACAGGGAACCAGGCAGAGGGCCUUCUCAGUGGUGGCUUCCGCCCUGUGGAAUGCCUUCCCAUCAGAUGUCAAGGAAAUAAACUACUAUCCGACUUUUAGAAGACAUCUGAAGGCAGCCCUGUUUAGGGAAGUUUUUAAUGCUUGAUCUUUUUUUCUGUUUUUAAUAUUCUGUUGGGAGCUGCCCAGAGUGGCUGGGGAAACCCAGCCAGAUGGGUGGAGUGUAAAUAAAUUACUGCUGCUGCUACUACUACUACUACUACUACUACUACUAACACCUAGCCAAUCCGUCCCUCCUGUGCUGGCAAACUCCCCUUUCCCCCAGGAGGGUUCAGUUGGACACCCCUACGACUUGCCCCCCCACGAUGCCCCCUGGUGGGUGCCUCCUUCCUGCAGGUGGGUGCUGAUUCUGCCAGGUGGGUGGGGGGUGCUGGGCGACUCCCUCAGCCUCGCAGUCAGCCAAGCAGUUGGAUGACGACUCCUGCAUUGCAGGGGGUUGGACUUGAUGACCCUUGGGUGCCCCCAACUCUACCAUUCUAGACUCCGUUUUCCCAGGGAUCUGUGACCCACCACCGCCACUGUGUCCCUGGGUGUGGGAAUGAUUUGGCCUUUGCCUCCAGCAGCUCCUCCUCCUCCUUGGGGCUUUUCUUCUCUGCUGCGUUGCCAUCACAGCUGCAUGAAGUUUCCGAAGGAGGCAGCUCAUCUCUUGGAAGCCUCUGCCUGAUGGUGAGUCGUGCCCCCCCCCCCCGUUCCUGGGAAAUCACAGCAGACUGGUCCGGGUGGCAAUGACGGGGCUGCCCACCCCACCCCCCAAGUCUGGAUCUGACCCCUGGAGUCAGCUGGGUGCCUAGUUGCCUUGGGUGAAGCCAGGGGCUUUUCUGAAGGCCAAUGCCCUGCUCUCCUCCUGGGUUGGUGGAAGCAGAAUGGGGACGAGUCUGUGUGUGGCAAAUCUGCAAGGAACCUCUCUGGCCUGGUUGCAGGCAGGAUCCUGACCACCUCUGCUUUGGGCUCCUAGCUCCAGUUGAAACCCCCGGCCACUGAGCAGAAAGAAAAAUAAAUCCACUUGUAGGAGCUGGCUGGUUCUUUGUGCAGGGGAGGGGCAAGGAAGAGAGGCUUCCCUGCUCUGUGUGGCCCCUUCCCUUGCCUGAAAUGGGGGGGGGAAUGAAGGCAGGGAGGGGUGGGGGGUGAUGCAGGAGGGAAGAUGCAGUCCAGCCUUCUUAAGCCACUUCACUCCUUUCUGGAAGCAGUGUUUGGGUCCUUUUGCCCCUGGACCUGGUCUGUCUUUCUUUUCCUGCUACUCCAGGGAAAAAUCCUCAGCUCUCUGACCUCUAUGUGUGUUUGCAGGGGCGGGGGGGGGGGGGUUUCCUGCCUGGCUUGACUAAGCUUCAGCUACUGAAGUGGGGAGGGGGAAGAGACCACAGAGCAGGCCUAUCCUAGGUGCCGAUUCCCUGGGUGGAGUCAGUCCGACAGGGCCAAGGCAGGACACGAGGCAGGAAACCAGACAAGGACAGGGGCAGGACCUGGCACACAGCAAUGUUGCUCCCACAACCUGCAGCGGGGUCCAACAGCCUUUUAUCUCUUUCGGGGUAAUGGCCGGUCCUGAUCCCCCGGCGACUCACCUCCCUGUUUCACCCGAAGGUGAGCACUUCUCCUGCGAAUACUCAGGUCUCUCCUUCUCCCAGACCUCAGUCUCUGCAGCUCGGGAGACAUUGGUGGGUUACUAGACCCAGAGGCCGCCUCAGCCUCCCCUGACCCAACUGGUAGUGGAGCAGUUGUAAGUGAUGGCCCAGCCAGAGGCAACAAGGUCAUCCCUGCAUCUGGAGUCAGGGCAGGCUCAGGCCCCUGACUCGGCCCAACUGGUGCUUGUUGCAGGGGAACCUGUGCAGACUGGGACUCUUCUGGAUCAGGCCUUGGUUCAGAUGAUGCCUGAGGCAAAGGGUCCGGUGCAGACUGAGACUCCUCUGGUUCCGAGUCCCAGGCCAUCACAUGCUCUGCCCUCCACAGCUGGAGGCAGGAAAUGCUUCCGAAUCCCACUUGCAAGAAACAUCAGGAGGGGAGAGUCGCUCUUGCACUCAUGUUCCCCUCCCUGGUUUCCCACAGGCAUCCGGUUAGCCACUGUGAGAGCAGGACUGAGGAAGGAUUGAACUCUGAUUAAUAAGAAUACACACAGAGGCUUGAACCAGCAAGACUCUGGGAAGGGUGCGUAUAACAGUCUCUCUCCCUCUAGCCCCUGGCCCAGGUCAUUUUAUUCACAAAAGAGCUUUUUACAGAGUGUUCGUAAGAACCAAUCAGAUUUCUUCUGAGCAUUUCAACAAACCCCACGUGGGAACAAAGUUAAACUACCAAAACUAAUUAAGCUCACAUAUUUCUGGGGUAAACAAAACAGAACUACAAAGGAGUGCAUUUGGCAACCCCUGAGGUUAUAAACAAAGAAAAUAUAUGAUAAGAAGGAUGGCCAGGAAGACAGCGAUCAUUAUCACCUUCAGGUGAGAUCUGUUUCCUGGCCCUAAGAUUAACAUAUCAGAAAAGCUACAUCAAAGAAACUUGCCCACUGUCUUUGAUGACCCAGGACGUCUGCCUGUCUUAAGUGUGUAUGUGACUUGUGAAGCAAGAGAAAUGGAACAGGGAUGCAGAGGUGUGGAUUGAUCAAGAAUCAUAUCAAAAUAGUUUAAACCCAGUGAAUGCAAUGCUUUCAUUGCUGACACAGAUGGAUUACUCUAUAUUUGUUAUAAUUCCUCAUAGCAAUCCCACCUGAUCACUACACAGGACUCUGGACUGGAUGGGCCAUUGGCCUGAUCCAGCAGCCCUUUGUGGUACUGGCUGGGCUCUUGGGUUCUGCCGUGCUCUGUGGAGGGAGGCAGGUGUGUUGCAGAGGGGGGUCUGCUUCCUCCAGGCUUCCUCCACCUGAUGCUGAGGAGCAGCAACUUCUCUCAUGAACCUGCUGUGAGCAAACCCACGUCUCGCUGCCUCCUGUGGAGCUGGGUGGGGUUUUUGGAUACUCCACACAUCCUUCCCAACCUAGACUGGCUUCCCAACUUCAGCAGCUUCCUUAUUUAUUAAAUUUGUAUAACACCCUUCAUCCAAAUAUCACAGGACAGUUUGAAACAUAAAAAUUAAAAAAAUGGGCACAUAAAAUGCUUAAGGAAGAAAUCCCCAAACCUCUCUCCCGUGAUCUCAUUGAGGAGGCCACGAGGAGAAGGAGCUGCCAUCCAGCCCCAAAGGCCUGGCCUGGGCACAGCUGGGCUUGCCUCCCCGUGGCUUCCCCUUCCAUGAGGGAGCCUGUCGUGGGGUCACCUGGUUGCACCCCCUCAGAAGUGUGUGCCCAGGGCCAAGGUGCCCCUGCCCCCCAUGCUACACUUCUGCCAUGGAGGGGCUGCUUCUUCGUGGCCCCUUCGCUCCUCGCCCUCUCCCUUGCCCCACACACCUUCCUGGGCAUCUAGGUCUGUUGGCACUGGCUGGCCUCCUUGCUGGCUGCAGGUGGGGAGCCCAGAAGGAGAAGCCCCCUCUCCAGAUUCACGUACUGUGAAGGAGCCCUCCAUCAAGAGGCCGGUUUAGGAGAGCACCACCAUUUUGCUUGCACCGGGUGCUGAGCUCGGAGGGCACCUCAGGGGAUGCUGCAACAAUGAUGAGCAACAGAAUGCAAGAGGUGUCUGUCUGUGUGCCAAAUUCUGGUGUCGCACAGAGUGCCGCAGAAAUUUUAAAGCCCAGCGUCCGCCACUGCCUCCGUCCCAGGAGUUCUUCUUUGCUGUGUCUCCCAAAGACCCAGGGGAAGUAUGAGUGAGUGCAGAUACUGGAUGGUCAUUUGUCAUGGAUACUUUAGUUGUUAUUCCUGCCUUGCAGGGGGUUGGACUAGAUGAUCCUCAGGAGUCCUUUCCAACUCUACCAUCUCUGCAGGGAAGCGGAGCGUUCAGCAAGUCCAAUACAAAAAUAUUGUCGGUUGCCUUUAUCGCUUCUGAGUUGCCGACGUUAAGGCAGGAGCUGCAACUGAGCAUUUAUUUGCUUUUGGGACACCAGGAUAUGUUGCUUCAGGGUGGAGAGCAUCUCACUAUCUUGUGCAUUUUUGCACGUGUGUGUGUGUGUGUGUGUUCCAGCUUCCUCAGUGCACUCCUAAAGACCUGGCUUGGCUGACAGACAAAGUGGCAGACCCUUUGGUGGCUAUGAAGUCCUGGAAAUCCAGGACCAAUCUGGUCAGGUCCUUAAUUGACAAAACAUGUCAAGCCAGGUGUGCAAGGAAAUGUAGCUGUGUCUUCCCACCCUUAGGACAGGUGGGGGUGGGGAACCUCCUAGCCAUGACAACAGGUGUGGGGCAGCUAAGGGCAGGGCUUCAAAGGAACAACCAGGGGCUUAGACUGGGCUCCCAGUAGUUCCGCUGCUGGAGCAAGGUCUGCUCUCUCUUAUUUAUUUCAUAAAACCCACACACUGUUCAAUGGUCAAAACCGCCCCUCAAAGCAGUUUGAAAAAAGAUAAUAAAACCAAGGAAAAAUGCAUUAGUUUAAAACGGACGAAAUGCUUAAAUCCACAUAAACUUUCAAAGCAUCCAGGCAGGCUUGUUGAAAUAAGCGUAUUUAUAGCAGGUGCUGGAAAGAGUACGGGGAAGGUACCUGCUUGAUGUCAAGAGGCAGGGAGUUCCAAAGGGCAGGCGCUGCCACAAUAAAUGAUGUUCUGACAAAUGCGGAAAAUGGGCAUUAUGUGGCACCUGGAGCCGUGCCUGUUCUGCCAAUCAAAGCAGUUGAGUGGGUGCAUGGGGGGGUAAGGCAACGUCUUAGGUAAGGUGGUCCCAAGUCAUGAAGGGCUUUCUAUACUGAUAGGAAUACCUUGAUCUCAGCCUGGUAGUUGAUGCAGAUCUUUGAGCACAGGGCUCAGUCCUGUCAACACCAACUGCAGCUCCAGACUGUGCCACUCAAAUUGCAGUGUGGACUAAAGUUGCCUAAUCCUCCAGGAUUAGGGGCCUUGAGGGUUAAGCAUCGUUAGUUUCAUUCUAGAUCUAUCCUUGCACCAGGCGGCCAGCAGCACCAGAACUGAGCACAUGAGAAGUAUCCAGCAAAGUCCUGCUCUGUCUUGGGGAGACUGCAGGCUUGUCUUUCUAUUCUGCCAGUGCUGAACCCGCCCCCUCAGCCCCCAUGGGGCUCUUUGGGAGAAAGGGAUUGGGUGAGGUGAUUCCCACACAGCCUCCCUGUUUUUUGCACUCUCGGGUUUUCUCUAGUUUCCCCCCCACCAAUAAAUUUUAUUUUAUUUUUUCAAGUUUUUUCCCCCAAGUUUUAUUUUUAAAUUUUGAAAAAAAUAUAUUAAAAAGAAUAAUAUCGAAUAUCUUUUUUAUCAAAGAUAUCAAAGAUAAGAAAAACUAAAUAAAAACGCAAACCCAAAAGGGGGUGGGAGGAAGAAAGUAAAGGGGGAAAGAGAAAAAAAGGAGAAGAAUCAGAAGUUUGGUCCUUUUCCCUCAAGUUUUCUCUUUUGAGAGGACUCCUCCCUCUGCAAACUUCAGGUCUCCCCCAAGGGCGUCGACAGCUCCCCUUUGUUUCUUCCUCGUCCUCUCUUGUGUCUACAACCCGAGCCUUAGGAACCGGGUUAAUUAUUAGGAGGGAGCGAUAAGGGCGGGUGUUCUGAGCGACUGAAAGGCGUCUUGCAAAAGGGUCCUGGAAGCGAAAUAGGCGAAUGAUCUGCGCUUAGCAGCGCCCCGUCAUGUGCCAAAGGCAGGCAGGCAGACAGGCGGUGCAAGCCUCGCGGGUUCGCCGGGGAGGAUGGACGAAGCGGCUGCCCGCGUCUCUCUCCGCGGCUGGGCCCUCGCGCGCUUCCUUCAGGCGCUCGGCAAGAGCCACGUGGAAUCACGCCAGGACCGUCCUGUAGUUUUCCAUUCCUUUUCUCCUGAAGGCAGCGAGAUCCGUUUGCUCUCCCUCCCUCUCCAGAACAAGGCGCCCUUUGCUCAAGCGCCCCCACCCACCCCAGCCGCAAGCAGGCCUCCCGCGGUGACAGGGGGUGAUGCUGGAAGAUUCAGGGCGGCUGAAAGACCGUCCUCCUCUGUGCAAACUGCGGAACUCUCUCCCACAGGAGGCAAUGAUGGUCACCAACCUGGGGGGCUUGAAAAGAGGGUUGGACGAAUUCCUGAAGCAGGAGAGGGCUGUCCUUAGGAAGGCUGUGGACGCCCCUUCACUGGAGGUUUUCCAGCAGAGGUUGGACGGCCAUCUGUCGGCGUUGCUUUAGCUGAGAUCCCUGCAUUGCAGGGGGUUGGGCUAGAUGACCCUCGGGUCCCUUCCAGCUCUAAGGUUCUAUUAUUCUAUCCAGCAGUGUUUCUGAAGACCAUUUGCUGGAAAGUUGCUCUGGCGCUGGAAUCCUGCUUGCUGGUUUCCCAUAAUGGGCAUCUGGUUGGCCACUGGGAGAACAGGAAGCUGGGCAACAGGGAUCCUUGGGCAAGAUCCAGCAAACUCUUUAUUAUAUCAUGGAGGAGGGGGCUAGAGAUACCCCAAAGGUCAUCCAGCCCAACCCGCUGCAAUGCAGGGAUCUCAGCUCGAGCAUCCCUGACAGGUGGCCACUCGAGUCCACCGCGUCCCAGGGAGACCUUUCCCUCCUCGCUCUGUCCAGCUCCCACAGACAGAGGCAUCUGCGUUUCUGAAUGCCGCUUGCUGGAAACCGCCGGAGCGGAGAGUUUCUCUUGGGCCGGAUCCUGCUUGCUGGUUCGCCCCCCUCCGAGGCCCCUGGGUGGCCCUUGUGAGAAGUGGGUGCUGGACCAGAGGGGGCCCCUUGGCCUGAUCCGGCAGCCAGGCUCCUGGGACGUUCUGCUGCGGAUGGAGAUGGCCUCGGCCGCCCCGUCCGGUGCCAAAUCCUCCCCCGGCUUUCGCACCAGCCCCCCGAAGCCGGCGAGGUUCUUGGCAGGCCUGGCGAGGUUGCUGAGCCUCUGCAUCUCCCCAGCAACGCGAAAGGCAUUAUACUGUUCCCAUGGAAACUCGGGCAGAAGCAUUUGGGAAGGAAGAGGGGAAGGAAGGAAGCUGCCGUGUGGGUCUUGGCAGCCCCGUCGCGGCGGCGGCGGCGGCGGCGGCGGAGCUUCUUUGUCUCCUCCUGGCCCGCACGGACGGCAGGGCAGAGGAGCAGCAGCCCCGGCUCCUGGGGAGGCGCCCUUCGGCGCGCCCGGCCGGCAACUCCCGCCGCCUCUGCGCAGCCCCCCAGUCCCGGGCGCCGCGGGCUGCAGGCGGCGGAGCGCCAGAGCAUUACCGCGCCUGGCCUGCGAGGCAGGGAGGCACCCACGAGCCCCAGAGCGGAGCGGACGAGGACCGGGGCAGCCGGGUAAGUGCGAGUGUGUGUGUGGACGGGGGGGGGGGGCGCCGUGGGGACCACCUUCUCCGCAGACUCUCCGCGCCCACGUGCACAAGGCGGCCGGGGGCGCGGCCGCAGAAAGGGCCGGCCGAAGCCCGGGGAGGGGCUGCCUCGGGGGAGGGGGGAAUGGGUCAGCCAUGCGGGGAGUGGGGGGGCACGGAAGGGCAGCCAUUUGCUGGCCCAAAGGGGGGCUUCCGCGGUUGGGCUGCUGCUAAGAUGUUGCCGCUUCUCUCUCUCGGAGGAGGCGGCGUCUUGGACUCCCCCCCGCGGCUCAUUUGCUUGUGCCGAAGGUAAACUUGCCUGGAGUGAGUGACCCCCCACCCGGUGCCUUCACCUGCUGCCUCCCCCCCCUCCCCGACACCUCCAUCUGCUCGGACGCUGGUGUGUGAGGCUGGCAAUCAGGAGGAGGGGGCGGGUAUUAUGGAUGCCGGAGCUCUUGGCGUCCGGACAGGGCGAGGUUGGCGCUGUGCCCCCCCCCCCGCCCCCCCAGCACAUUCACAGAGCCUCCUGGGCAGGCUGAGCAUCCCCCGCCCUGCUGCAAUGAUCAGCCCCAAGCAGGACCCCUGCCUGCCCCAACUUCGGCUAGGAGGGUCGGGGGGGACAAUCUCGUUGAGACUACGGGGGUGGGGGAAAGGGGCGCCCCUCUCUCCUCCCCAUGCACCGUGAUUCCAAUCCUGGUCCGCUAAUGGCUGUUAAAGAAACACAAUCCCACUGAGAACAUCCGUGCCUCUAACGAGUCGUCCACAUGGUCUGCAAGCCCCGGGCAGUUUAAUGGGAGACCUACCUGUUGAAACCAGAGGUGGGCAGGAGCAGCUCAGAUCCCCUUCCCCGUUGUUCGGUGGGCUUUGGAAGUCCACCGGGGAUGGGCAAAGGCAGGGAAAUGAAGCCCUCUAGCAGUUACUUCCUUGGCCAGAAUCUUUUGGAUCACCCAGCGCAGAGUCCAGAACCUCACCUCACUCUGCUUCAGAGUCCAGAACCUCGCCUGGCACCUGGUGUUUCCUUGCCAGUGGCAUCCUUCUCCCGUGCUGGCAGCAUGCCAUCUGAUGCCACCAGAGCUAGUGGAGAUGGUCACUGCCCCCUUGAGAGGCAGGGGCAGGAAAGGGGGCCGGAGGAGGGAGUCUGGUGGCAGUGGCAAGGACAGAGAGGUCUGCUCCAGGCCCUCUGGUAGAUGACGGUAAGUUCUCCCAGCAGCCCCCUUCAGCGCCUCCUGUGUGGGCCCCUGGACCCCCUGCUGACUGAGGCUGCCCUUUCAGGUACACCUGGGAGUCAGGGGCUCCUGCUCCCCCAACUCUGAUUUACCUUGUGUGCAUCUCACAACAAUAUCUGAGCUUGGAGAAGAGCGUGGCUCCAAUAUGUGCCAAAAUGUUGUGCUCCUGAGAGCCACUCGCUGGGGCUUCUCUGCAGCUUAUGAGGUUCCUGCCUUUGGAGACGGACCAGAGUCUGAGCUGGAGGUCAGGCAGAGGUGCUGUGAGGCCUUUCCAGCUGCUGCUUUGGUUGGGUCGAGCUGCUGCUGCUGCUGAUCCCCCGCCCCACCCUGGGGAAACUGGACGUUGAACUCACAUUAAACCCCUUUCCCCCUCCUUGAGAGGUGAGCUCUUGUCUCCGGGCUCCCAGGUGUGAUGCAACUGUGUUGGCCUCUUAGGAACUCAGUAGAACAUUUCUUCAGUGCAGGAUGAAUCCUUCGCGGGAGGACCAGAGCACAGCCAGGCACCUGAAGCUCUGAUCCAGAGAACACAUACAGGUCCAUGCUUGGCUGGGGGGGGGCUCCUCGUCCUGUGUCCCCCCACCCCACCCUUCACCUCCCGGAGGCAUUAAUUAUGCUGCCUGUUUUAUUUAUUGGUUUUAUAAAACUGUUUCUAUGGCACCUUUCUCUCCAGAGAGCACUAUGAAUAUUUGCAACCAGUAAAAUAACCAGUACAUAAUAAUUAAAACAAACCACACCAGUAAAAUAUUUAUAUUAUUACAGUGACUAGGAUGCUGAAAACUAGCAUUAGUGGCCUGGGAACACCUAAGCAAAUGUGUUUUUAAUGCAUGCUGGAAGCAGCUAACAGUUAAAAAGGUAAAGGUAAAGGGACCCCUGACCAUUCGGUCCAGUCGUGGCCGACUCUGGGGUUGUGGUGCUCAUCUCACUUUAUUGGCCAAGGGAGCCGGCGUCCAGCUUCCAGGUCAUGUGGCCAGCAUAACUAAGCUACUUCUGGCGAGCCAGAGCAGCGCAUGGAAACGCCAUUUACCUUCCUGCCAGAGCGGUACCUAUUCAUCUACUUGCACUUUGACGUGCUUUUGAACUGCUAGGUUGGCAGGAGCAGGGACCGAGCAACGGGAGCUCACUCCGUCACGGGGAUUCAAACCGCUGACCUUCUGAUCGGCAAGUCCUGGGCUCUGUGGUUUAAACCACAGCGCCACCCGCGUCCCUAACAGUUAACAGCUAACCAUUGGUGCCUGCCUAUUCUCCAAGGGAGGGGGGGCUCCUUCCCACAGAAUCCUAAGGUGGCACAGUUAACAGGGCCGCUACUGAAGAUCUCGGCUGGCCACUCCCAACGGCUCCAUAGAGACGUUGAACCGCACUGAAAGUACGAAAGUCUUUCAUCUGCUCAGCCCCCACCCCUGGGCUUCUGCCCAUGAGCCACGUUGGGCAAAGGGGCAAGAGAGCAUCUGGUCAGUCAGACCACAGCAUGGGGCUUGGCCACACCCUUGGCACGGAACUGAAAUUGACCCCAUGGAAACCGGACAAGACGGGGGCAGUGGACGCCUCACUGGGGCUUGGAUUAACAGUAGUGCUCAGGCAGCAGCUGCUGCAGAGGCCUGGCCUUCAAAAUGCCUUGCCAAAUGGUCACAACCGACUUGUGGUUUCUCACUCCCCUGACCCAUGGAGGCCCCCCAUUGUGUCGCUGGCGCUCUCUUCUGUACAGAUUCAAAAUACUCCAGAAAUGCUGGAGACUGGUAAACAGUAGCUAUCUAAGCCCCUUAACUCUGAGAGUAACCCUCAGGAGCAUUGCUUCAGAUCUGGAAUAGCUUGGUUGGUAGAGCAUGAGACUCGUAACCUCAGGGUUGUGGGUUCGAGUCCCGUGUUGGGCAAAAGAUUCCUGCAUUGCAGGGGGUUGGACUAGAUGACUCUUGUGGCCCCUUUAACUCUACAGUUCUUUGAUUAUAUUAUUAGGGAACAGGAAGGAAGCCCAGCCCAGAAGGAAGUGGGGGGGGCUGUGGCUUGACCUUCCGAUUGUUGCGCAUUGAGUGAUAAGCUUCAUAGAAGAAUAGAAUUGCAGAGUUGGAAAGGUCCCAACAACCAGCUAGAACAAGUUCCCGCAAUGCAGACGUCCGAUUCCUAAUCAAUGCUUGAUGACAGUAAUGGAGGGCUUAGAAGAGUGAGGGGUCCCUAGAAGGCACCAUUGUAGCAGACUGUCCUUUUCACUUAAAAACAAAGGGAGGGGGGAGAGGAGACCACAGAUGCAUAAAUGGUGGAGUUUAGCCCAGGAAGGAUGAUAAAUAAAUACAGGAAAACUGGUGGAUUUGUCCCUUGGCAUCUCCCCAAGGCUGGACAAAUGGAUGUUUCCCAAGAGAUGCCAUUUCCCCCAUGAGUGGCUGGGGCCCCCUCCCCCUCAUCCUUCAGCCAUCUCCAUUCAAAAGGAGGGUGGGGGCCAGGCAGGAAACAAAAACAAAUGUUGGCCCCUCUCUUCUUUAUCACGAUGGCAUCUUUCCUCAAGAAGGCCAGAGACUCUCUGGAUCCCCCUGCCCAACGGUGAGAUCAUCAUUAAUCCAACCCCAUGCAAUGCAGAAUUUGCAACUAAAGCAUCCAUGACAGAUGGCUAUUUAACCUGUUUUAAAAACUCCAGUGAAGAGAGUCCACAACCUCUUGAGUCUGUUCUACUGCGGAAUGGCUCUUACCACCAGAAAGUUCUUCCUGAUGUUGAGUUGGAAACUCCUCCCUUGUUGUCUGAAUCCAUUGGUUCAGGUCCUGCUCUGUCUUCCAUGGGACAGCCCUUAAGAUACUUGAAGAUGGCUAUCAUAUCUACAACCAAUCUCCUCUUAUCCAGGCUAGACAUCCCCAGUUCCCUCAACCGUUCCUCAUAAGGCUUGGUUUCUAGACCCUUGAUCGCCUCUGCACAUGUUCCAGCUUGUCAAUAGUCGUCUUAAAUUGUGGCACCCAGCGCUUUACACAGUAUUCCAGGUGUGGUUCAAGGCAGAAUAGAACAGUAAUGUGACUUUCCUUGAUCUGGAUACUAUACAGUGGUACCUCGGGUUAAGAACUUAAUUCGUUCUGGAGGUCCGUUCUUAACCUGAAGCACCACUUUAGCUAAUGGGGCCUCCUGCUGCCGCCGCGCCGCCGAAGCACGAUUUCUGUUCUCAUCCUGAAGCAAAGUUCUUAACCUGAAGCACUACUUCUGGGUUUGCGGAGUCUGUAACCUGAAGCGUAUGUAACCCGAGGUACCACUGUAUUUCUGUUGGUGUAGUCUAGAAUAGCAUUAGCUUUCUCCCUCUCUCUCUAUUUUUCUUUCUUCCUUUUUUGGCUGCUGCUGCUGCAUCACACUGUUGACUGACAUUAAGCUUGUGGUCCACUAAGACCCCUAGUUCCUUUUCACAUGUACUAUUGCCAAGGCAGGUGUCCCCCAUCUUAUAUUUGUGCACCUGGUUCUUUCUGCCUAAGUGUCAUUUAACUUAGAACCUUGCAUUUGUCCCUAGUGAAAUUCAUUUUGUUAGUUCUCCAAUCUGCUAAAAUCUUGUUGGACCCUGAUUCUGUGUUCUGUGGCAUUAGCUACCCCUCCCAGCUUGAUAUCAUCUGCAGAUUGGAAGAGCACCCCCUCAAUUCAUUUGUAAAGGCGUUAAAUAUCAACGGGCCCAGGACAGAACCCUGUGGCACCCCACUUGUCAUUUUUUUCCAGGUUGAUGAGGAACCAUGAAUGUGUACUCUUCACGUUCAGUCAGUCAACUAGCUACAAAUCCACCAACAGUUACCUUACUCCAUUCAAUUCACAUUUUACCAGCUCCUCCGCAAGAAUAUCAUGGAGGACUUUUGUCAAAAGCCUUACUGAAAUCAAGAUACACUAUGUCCACAGCAUUCCCCUGAUCCACCAAGCUUGUAACUCCUGAGUGCAUGUCUGACUACACUCGGCUUUCUCUUGCUGGUUUUAUCAUGAAACCCAGGAAAGCAUAAUCACUUCCUCCCAAGUUUCCCAGUAUGUCUACUUUGCUGGUCAGUUCCUCCCUGUUUGAUGAGGACCAGGUCCAAGAUUUGAACCUUACAUUCUUGGCAGAGUUUGAGUCCCAACAGAUAUCGCAGAAGUUGAAGUCUCCCAUGACUACUAUAUCUCUCCUUUUUAAAUGUUUGGUAAUCUGCUCUAGGAAAGCAUCAUCCAAGUCUGGCUUGGUGGUCUAUAGCAGACACCCCCAGGAAAGUCAUGGUUGUUUCUCUCUCCUACAAUUUCCCCUCAUAUACUCUCAUUCUGCUUCCCAUGCUCCAGGUCAUGGAUUCCUUCACAAGUGUACACAUCCUUUACAUAUAAUGCUCCUCCUUCCUUCCUGCUUGGUCUCUUCCUUUUGAACAGGCUAUACCCCUCAAUCAUAGGUGCUGGGGCCCUGGGUACCCAAGCACCCACAAAAUUCCCCAUGAAGGAGCCGGGCACCCACACAUUUUGGCACCAGGUCCAUGCACACUGCAUGGCACCCAUGGCCCCGGGCACCCAUGGCCGUGGGGCCAAGCUGGCACUCCUGCCCUCACUUCUUGCAUUCUUGUCAUGAGUCUCAUCCCACCAUGUUUCAGUAAUGCCUAUUAGGUCAUAUUUGCCAUCCUGUAUUAAGAGCUCAAGUUCCUCUUGCUUGUUCCCAUACUGUGUGCAUUACUACAGAGUCAACUGAAACCGCGAGUCAUUCCCUCCAGCUGCUUCCUUCUUGUAGUUUCCUGCCCUUUAGCAGGUUUCUGGAGCACCACUUCAGUUUCCUGUGCAUUAUCCCCAGUGCCAGGUGUUCUUCUGUCAUCUGUAAUGCCAUCUCCCUCCCUCUCAAGUUCUAGCUGAAACCUCUCCUGAACAGCUUUGCGAAACUCUUAGCAAACACAUUCUUGCCAACCUCUGUGAGGUGCAGCCCAUCUCUUGCCAGAAGGCCUUCCUUAUGGAAGCGGAGACCAUGGUCCAAGAAGCCAAACUCUUCCUGAUAACACCAUCUGGGGAUCCACCAUGAACUGCAAAGGGUGGGAAGAAAAGAGGCCAACAGACUAAGGAGCCCUUUCUUUUCCCAAAAACAAAUCAAUCAAGCUUCUUCUAAGCCUGGUCCUCCUGGGGGAUGAGGAGAACACCAGAAGGACCUGGCUCUAGCUGGAUCUAGAGUGGCUGGGGAACCCCAGCAGGAUGGGCAGGGUAUAAAUAAUAAAUUAUUAUUAUUAUUAUAUUAUUAUUAUCAGGCCAGCUUCUUGGUCUCAUCGUGGCCAACCAGAUGCCCCAAAGGGAAGAAGCCCUCAAACAGGACCAGAGUAGAACAGCCCAUUCUCCCCAAGGCAAGGCGUGGGGGGGGGGGAGAGUAGGGAAUCUGAUGUUUGCAGCCUACAGUUAGCAAGCAUGCUAAAUGAAUGAAAGGGGGGUUCCCCUGCCCCUGCGCUGUGGGUUGUUGGAUCAGGCCAGAGGCUGCAGGGAGAGGUGGGCUAGAAAACGAGGGCAUGUUAUUUAGUCUAUUCUUUUUUGCAAUCACAUAUUUAUUAUGUCUACCAACAGCUUUGACAAUAACAGCACUUGGAAUACUUGCAGCCCCAGUCACAGAAGGCUCUUGCAAGACAACGUUUAGGUUCAUGCAGACCUGCGUGGCUAUUUCCUAACUCUGUGUGUGCACUUAUGAGAAGCCAUGGGGGCUCUUCCUUCCUUCCUUCCUUCCUUCCUUCCUUCCUUCCUUCCCUCUCUUCCCCAGGGCCAUGUCUGUCUCCCCAGUUGCAAAGAGUGACUGGCUUGCUGUUGCAGUGCUUCUUCCUUCUGAAGGAGAAUCCAGGAGGGAGAGAGUUCAAGGUGGGCUGCUCAUCGUCCAGCCUUGACCCCCUCAGUGGCCUCAGAAAUGUUCUAGGAGCAGCUUGGCUUCUGCAACCUUCGCAACACACCCAUUCCCAAGUGGCCUUUGGGAUCCAUUGGGAAUGUGGGCUGGGAUCCAUCAGAAUCGGACCCCAGAGGUCUUAAAAUAAAGCUAUUCAAAAGCCAUAUCCCUCCGAAGAGCCCGAUAAAUGCAACCCAGCAGCAUCCCACUGAGCUGGAUGGAAGCUCUGAGGUCUCCUGGCUCAGCCUCUUCCUGCUGAGCAGGGUUCCGGCUGCCAUAGCUCCUGCUUUAAAGCCUCCAAGUUUCCUCUUCUCCAGGAAGCCCUUUCUGGUGAAAGCCACAGGGCUCUCCAGUUCUUUGGGGCCACUGAGCACAUCUGGAACUUCAAGAGAGUGUCAUAAACAGUGUCCCCUUCAGGUUGCUCCCGGCCCAUUUGGGAGGAAGCAGCCUUUGGAAGUUCCAUGGGGCAGGUUGGUUGGCAGGUGCAGCUUCCCCCCUCGGUGGGCUCCAGGCUGGCCGCACGUGCACCCCUGUCCCCCCAAAGCGGAGGCACAGAGGUGGCCCCCCAGCAGAAGGAGACCCGGCUUGUGGCUCAGGUGGGCCUUGCCUCGCUGGGGGUUGGUCGGGCCCUGUGUGUGCACAUGUGAGAGGGAGAGAAAACUUUAUUCGCAUUAGCCAAUGGCCAUAGCAACAGUAAAACAUUACAGUAUACGCAGAAAAGGAAAUGUGAUAUAAAAGCACAUUUUAAAGUCCUGAAUCAGCAGUCAGUUAGUGGCCCUUAUUCUGAUUGCCCCUGCUAGGUUAGGGAGGGGGGUGCGAGUGCCAGGCUGCCUUUGCAGAGACUUGCCCACCCACCCAGGCCCUGACAGGACUCCCCAGGCACAGCACCCGGGGGGCCCCCUCUCGGACCUCCUCCUGAUGAAAAGGAUGGGCUUCACGGAGCUGGGGUUUCAGGGGCGCGGGAGAAUUUGCCUCAGGCUGGCGGCCUCGGCUCUGCUCCAGGACCCCCGCCCCGCCGCGAAAAAGACAAACAGGAUCAGUAGCCCACACAGACGAAGCAGCGGAGCGAGAGUCCCUGGCCUCUUGGGGGCGAGGCUGCUUUUGGGGUCGCCGCAGGGAUCCUGGACCCACUAGGAGACCCCUUGGGCUAGAGGCGACCCUCGACCCUCUCGGGAAAGAGGGAGGCGACUGUCCACCGCCUCCGGAGUCUCAGCGAGCUCCGUCGCAGGGGACCUCCGAGUCAGCCCAGGGGGCGGCGGCUGCUCUCCUGAAAUUCCCGGCGCGGAGGGGGCGAGCGAGGCGGGUACCGGGGGCGCCUGGGCCGCAUCCCGGGGGCAGCCGCUUCAGACAUCGCCAGGCUCAAGCGGGCGCCCGCCCGCCCGCAGCAGCUCCUCCCGCCGUCGGGGGUCACGUCCGGCAAGGGGGCCCGUUCCGCGCCUGGAAAGCGAGGGAGCCCCCCGACUGGGGCUCGGGCACCCGCGGCGGGAGAAGGCUCGGCAAGCGCGUGCGGAGGGGCGCGGGGCUCUUCGCGUUCCUUCCUGCGGCGGCCCCGGCCGGCCCGACGGGAGCCCCGCGCGCCUUCGGCUCCCUCCGUCGGGCCGGCCCCGCCGCUGGCAACGACAGCCGCUCCCUCCUCCUCCGCCGACCGCUCUCCGAAGGGGCGGGGAAGCGGCGCGACGUCGGCGGCGCGUGUGCUGCGCGGCGGAGGCGGCUGUCGGAGAGGCGGGGAGGGAGAGCUGCGCUCGGCGGCGCGGAAGGAGUUAACACCCGCCCCCUUUCCCUCAGUCCGCUCGGCUGACCUUCACGGCGAGAGGGGAAAAAGGCAGCGCUGCGCAUGCGCCCCACGCGCCCCCUCCCCGCCGGGAGGAGCCCGGUAACUGGGGGGGGGGGAGAAGGGGGGUCGGUCAGUGGGAAGCCCCGGGAUUCUGGGGGGGAGGGGCCACGGUCCUUUCCUCUCGGCCUUCCUCCCCCCGCUCCGUCCAUAGGGGGCAGGACCAGGAGGGCGGCGGGGAUCCCCCGGGGGGGUUCCCCACCACCGCAGCCCGUUGGGCAGGGGGAUCCAGCGGCCGCGCCCCCGGUGGGGUAGUGGAGAGCCUGCGGGGGAGGAGGGGCUCCCUCGCCUCCCCGCCGCCUCUCCUCGUCCUGGCCGUGACUGGGGAGACCCGGGGGCAACCGGGCGCCCUCGUCUGCACGUGUGAACACGCCGCUCCGCCAUCACGCAUCGGGAGGAACCCUCCCCCGCUUGUCCUCCCUCCCUCCCUCUUCCCGACUCCGCAUCGGGCUGCGCCGGGCGCAGAAGGAGCCUCUCCUGGGUACCACGCCCUGCCCGUUACCUGGCAACACUGGCUCUGUUGCCAGGGAGACGCGCACCGGGAGAUGCCGGCGGCUCUUCAUUCCCUGCCAGCGCCACGCAGGGCAGGACGGGAGAGUGACCGACAGGCGGGGGGGGGGGAGGAAGACGAGGCGACGGUGACGCCUCCGCCGGACGUCUCUGCGAGGAGGGAGCCCAGACCGGCCUCGCAGGGGCCGCUCGACGUGGAGCGGGUGGGGGGCGGCGGGGAAGGACCCGCGACAUCCCGUGUGGGGCCCCCGCCGUCUCCCCGGUGUCAUGGUUUGCGGGCACUCGGGGAAGAGGGUUUCCCGCGCCCCUCCUCGCUUCCUCCGCCCCCGUCCAGCCUCCGACGGGUGGGGGGAGGCGGGCUCCUUCCCUCCGCUUCCCUCGGUAGCCGGGCCGCCUGGAGGGUCCCGGGGGAUGCGGCCUGGAAGCGGCGCGAGGAGGGGCGCGGCGGCGAGGCGUUGCGCGGCCGCCGGGGACGGGCAGGCGGAGCGCCGGGCGAGGCUGCGCGGGGACGCGGCAAGGAGCGGCGGCGGCUGCGGGCGGCGCUGGGGCUCAGCCGGCCUCGGCCGCGGCGCUUCGGCGGAGGAAUCCGGCCGUGGGCCGUCGCGAGGAGCCCUGCCGGGCCCCCUCCCCCGUCGGCCGGCGGAGCUAUUAGAAGUGUGAGCGGAGCGAGCGGAGCGCGCCGCGGGGCUCCGAGGGAAGAAAGACGGAGCGCGCGGGCAGAGUGGCAGGAGGAGGAGAAAGGGAGGACGGAGGCAGCAGGGAAGGCGGCGAGCCCAGGAAGGCAGGAAGGCAGGCAGACAGACGGACCGACGGAGGAGGAGGAGGAGGAGGAGGAGGAGAAGGGGAGGCGGAGCAGUGCAGACCCGACCCCGAUGGCCGCGGAGGAAGUCACGGGCGGAGCGCGAAAGGCGACGAAAAGCAAACUUUUUGAGUUUCUGGUCCAUGGGGUGGUGAGUGGGGAAAGUUUGCGGGCUGCCCGGCGAGGAGCGGGAAAGCCGGCCUGGGAGGGGGAGGGGGCAGCUCUCGCCCGGGCCCGCGCGUGGGGGGGUGUAGGGGGUACACGCCCCCUCCCCCCAGCACGUGCGCAGGGUCCGGGCCUGGCUCGGAAACAGGUGCGCACAGCGGACCCCAAGGGAGCGGCGAGGGGCCACUUGGGCAAGGCGCGGGGGGGGGGAGGAGGGGCCGGGCUCCGGAGGUAUCCCAGGCCCUCGUCUCCAGGCGGGCUUUACUGGACCCCCGUGAGUGGCACGACCCCCGUGCCAGCGCCGGGCACUCCUCUCUCACGUCGCUAGGCGCGGGGGCGCUCCGGCACCAUUGUCUGAAGGCGCUCCUUUUUCGGGAGAGAGGCCGGCGGAGUGGGACGCCUCCGAGGGGCAGGGGGCUUGGAGAGCCCUCCUGGGCGCGGGAGGGGGGGGGAGGAGUGUGGCGAAUGCCCCACUGGCCCCCUGUCCAUCAAGGGCGCCAUGUGGGUGGCAGGGGGCAGGUGAAGUGUUUUGGACCUUCAGAGUUUCUGGCCUGUAAGUUGGCAUCCCAAGCCUUCCUCCCCCCUCCCCCCCCCGUGGGCUCCUGCUGCCACUCUUGGCUCCCUCUCCCAAAGGGCCCCAGGCAGGAUGUGGCGCCCCCAGCAUUGGCUGGCGACUGGGAGGGUCCCUGAGCAAAACCUUGGCUGCUCUGGCUACCAGGCCACCAUCCCCAGAUAGUUUCCUUGCCCCGUGGUACAACCUGGCAGCCCUUUCCCAGACAGGCAGGGGGACCCCCUCCAAAAGUCUUCUUUGGAGAUCAGCCCAAAGGACCACCCAGCUCAACGUCCUCUUCUCUCAGUGGCCAAGCAGGGGCCCCAGACGGAAGCCCCCCCCCCCAGGUGCGCAGGACCUGAGUGCAAGACCUGCCACCUCCCUCCUUGUGUUUGCCAGCAACUCCCAUUCAGAGCCUUGCUUUCCCUCUGAUAUUUGCUUCAUACACCCCCUUUUAAAUCUGCCCAGGUUAGUUUUCUCCACUGCCUCCUGCAGCAGUGAAUUCCAGGGUUCAGGGGUGGGCAGGUGGUAGAUAGAAGCCUCCUUGCAGAAUUAUGGGUAAGUUAUAGCCGAUUGGCCCGUGUUUCUGGCUCCCAGUAGCAGCAGUCGGGUGUCAAGGGCCGUAGCUCACUGUGAUAGCUCAGUCAGUAGAGCAUGAGACUCGUAAUCUCAGGGUUGUGGGUUCAAGUCUCAGGUUGGACAAAAGAUUCCUGCAUUGCAGGGGGUUGAACUAGAUGACCCCUGGGGUCCCUUCCAGCACUGAUUCUAUGAUUCUAAGAGCACUUGCUUUGUCUGCAGAAUAUUUCUGGUUCAACCCUAGCAACAGCUCUAGGUAGGGUUGGGGGAGACCCACUUGCCUGAAAUCCUGUCAGUGCUGAGCAAUAGAUGGACCAGAGUUCUGACUCCGUACAAGCCAACAUCCUGUAUUUCAAACAACAACCCCCCCUCCCUUUUAUGUUGCCGAAAUGAAGAAAGCCAGGCAGAAGAGGGCUUUUGUGUGGAAGGACUGUGAACUCAGUUCAGUUCUGGCAGUUCAGUUCUGGCACUGGAAACAAAUUCCUAGAACAUGCUCAGAGGCACCCUGUCCUUUAAUUCUAUCUUUGCUUUGCUAUCUUGGCUUUGGGGUUUAGUAAAAAAAACCUAGAAACCCCAAGUGGGUCUGGCAAGCCUGAAAUCUCCCCUCCCUGAACACUUGUGCCUCAGUUGAACCGAGCACUGCUGAGUGUGAAGACGCCCUUCUUUCUUUCUGUCUGUCCUGAGUCUCCCAGCGUUCGGCAUCAUUGGGUGACGCUGCUGGGUUCGAGUGUUGAGGGUGAGAGAGGGCGGCAAGCGUUGCUGUCUCCAUCCCAGCCAUCUCCCCAUGUCCCCUCAGGGAGCCUCUCUGUGGCCUUUCCCCUGCUGUGGGUUCAAGGGGGCUGCGCUCCUGUCCUGAGGUCUCUUCUGCAGGUUCCCUGGAGCGUCAGGCAGGUGGGUCAGUGUUGGUCUCACGAGCCCUGGUGCUUCUAGGGGAUUCCCAGUGGGGGGGACGACACCCCCUCUGAAGGUGGUGGGCUUUCCUUCUUUGGAGGUCUCUAAGCUGAGGGUCUCUAAGGGACGCGGGUGACGCUAUGGGUUAAACCACAGAGCCUGGGACUUGUCGAUCAGAAGGUUGGCAGUUCAAAUCCCCGCGACGGGGUGAGCUCCCGUUGCUCAGUCCCUGCUCCUGCCAACCUAGCAGUUGAAAAGCACAUCAAAGUGCAAGUAGAUAAAUAGGUACCGCUCCGGCGGGAAGGUGUUUCCAUGCGCUGCUCUGGUUCGCCAGAAGCGGCUUAGUCCUGCUGGCCACAUGACCUGGAAGCUGUAGGCCGCCUCCCUCGGCCAGUAAAGCGAGAUGAGCACCGCAACCCCAGAGUCGGCCACGACUGGACCUAAUGGUCAGGGGUCCCUUUACCUUUAAGCUGAGGCCAGAUGUCCAUCUGGCCUGGAUGCCUUAGUUGUGAUUCCUGCAUUUUAGGGGGUUGAACUAGAUGAUCCUUGGGGGUCCCUCCCAAGCCUACGUUUCUGUGAUUCUUUGAGGAGGCGGUGUGGAGAGUCCUGCCCAACUGGCACAACACGGUGCAAAGUUUCUGAUAGUACUUGGGCAAGAGAUCCCCCCGCAAAGGCAAGAACAGUUGACCUCCUGGCUGACUGAGGCAUCUCAGCCUCCCUUGUGGGCAGCUGCAGACAACAAAAGUGCUCAGGGACCCAGCUGCUUCCUGAGGAUUUUCUUAAAAAUGAGCACCAAGAUGGAAAUGACACGUGCUGGUAACGCGACAGGUUAUUUCUCUUCCCUGGGUCAAAGGUAACAAUGGCUGCCCUGCCCCCUGGUCCUUCAUUCCCUCCUCUUGACCCCAUGGCUGAAUUUCUUAGAUUAGGGCAUCUGGCUCACUUGGAAUACCUGAAAUGCAGGUGGGGUUUCUGGUUCCCCCAACUCCAAAAGGGUUGGAGAGUAGAGGGAACGGGGAAGAAAGAGGGAGGACUGCAAUGUUUGUGAGUGGGGAAGCGCAGGCGAAAGAGGCGAGGGCUCUUUGUCCUGGCAAAAUGGGGCAGGGAGAGGGUUGUUUGUGGUGGAGAAGGGAAGAACGAGCCUUGAAGGGCUUCCUGCCCUGACUGUGGUUGUAUCUUCCUGGUCAUGGCUGGGAAUCUCACGCGAGGCUCAGUAGUCCCAAGCCUGGCUCAGCAAGGCAGCCUUUCAGCCUUACUGCUCCUGACCCUGGAGCUCAGCGGGUGUUUCAAAAGCACAACAGACAGAAACUGUCCGAGGAAGUCAAAAGGGUGGUGCUCAGAAUUCAUCGCUAAUGAGCUGGGUUCAAAACAGAUCAUGAAGGAGUGUGUGUGCGCGCACACGCACACACACACAACGCAAGACACAAGUGAGGGCAACUGAUGGGAGCUCAGGGCUCUGUCCUGGCUGAGUCACUUCUGGAAGGCUGUGUCCAGUUCUGAGGAAGGAACUGAUCAGUUAGUGUGCGUCAAGGAGAGCAACUGGAAUGGUGGAAGCUCUGCAGACCAAGUCCUGUGAUGGACGGUAGAAGGAGCUGCAGCAGCAGUUCAGGUCUUGCUUGUGGACUUCCAUGGAGACGUCCCUGGAAACCCAGUUCCUGCCUUUAUCAGAGAAGGAAGUUCUCCUCUGGCCCGGAGAGCCUCUGUUACUCAGGCAGACACUGUUCCAAGCCCAGCUGGGUCCCACCUGGUCUAGCCCUUCAUGGCUGCCUCUUGGCCCUUAUGCGUAGAUUUAAAGUAAAUGAAAGAACUUUGCCCUCUUCCCAGGAAGGGGAGGCUCAGCGCAAGGCCACCCUUUCCUCUCCCCCUCCCCACAAUUGCUGUAGUUUCAGGGGGCUGGGUUAGAUGGGCCUUUGGCCUGAUCCAGCUGCAGUGCUCGCCUCCUCUUCACGGUGGUGAUCAGAAGCUUAAAGGGAGAGACAGAGGUGCACUUCCAAUACUGGAAGGGCUGACAGUCACACAGAAGAUGGCGCAGGCAGGCUGCCUGUUGCUCCCGAGGGCAGGACUAGAACAAAAGGCCAGGGGCAAAAGGCAGGGCAGUCGGGUGUUUUGGAUUUUCCAACUUUCAAAUUCCAAAACUGAGGGAUGCUAAAAAGUCGUGACAUGAUUUGGGAAAUCAAAAUAUAGUGUGAUUAAAUUAAUACAAUUUCGUUUUGCCUGGUAAGUGAAAUGUGUGUAACAUUGCGUAGAAAUCAUAAAAAAUGGUUGCCAAGUACUUGCAGUUACAGUAUAUAUUAAUAUUUAGCAUUACUUGACAUUUUCAGAAGGUAAAAUUAAAAUCCUUGGGCUUUCCGAAAGCAGUUUGAUGUGCUUCUUCAUCAAACAUAGACUACCAAACUAAAUAAUGUUAAAUCAUAAAUAUGCCGUAAUAGCAGAUUUUAGUUCCUCACACCCAGAAACAUAUUUUAAAGUCCCCUCAUGGAAGAUUUUUUUUUUAAAGUGUCACUCCCAAAAUGACAGGCCGUAGCAGGACAAGGCAGGCAUCUGCUAGGUCUGUUUGGGGCUGGAGAUAUUUAGGCAGAGGCUCAAGGAGGGGUCGGGUGCCAGGGAUGGGGCAGCUGCCUCUGCGCUGCAGCCUCUUCUGUGGGGCAGGGAUUAGAUGAUCUCCACAACCUCUUCCGGCUUUGUGAUUUCACGAGUAUCUGAUCCGCCUCUUGUGCAGGUUUUUUUUUGGGAGGGGGGCAGCUCCAUCCAGCACACGCUGGCCUUUAGACCUGGCCUCCCCCUCCUCCCAGAAAUCCCUUCUGCUUCCUCUGUCUUUUUUUUUUGUUUUUUUGCAGCAAAACCGGCUCAAAACAAUUCAUUCCCUUGCAGUCAGGAGAGCCCCUGUGCAUCUGCUCCCGUCAUCUUUGUGCAGAGGUUCUGGGGCCAAAUAGAGAAAACCUUAAACAAACUGAAAGGGUUUCCCCCCCCCCCAAGGGAUGCAGGAAGGUCUUCCUUAAAGGCAAGGAGCUGGGGGGGCGGGAUGUGCCAUGAUUUGAUUUCCAUACUUCACUGGCCGGCCGGCCUCUUGGUCUGACUGAUGGGCAGCAGCUGUGUCUCCAGGGGGAGGGGGAGGCCUGGGGGCCAGAGAGACAGCAGCAGGUGGCCCUGAAUGUGAGGCAUGCUUGCAGGGUCAGUUGCUGCCGGGGGUGGAGAUGUUUGGCUGGCUGGGAGGGGCCUCAUCUCUUCCCCCCCCCCCCCGUGGUGUUGGGCUUGUGGCCGCAACAGGUGCCCUCAGAUGAAAGGCAGCUCCCACCCAUGGCUCUCUCCAUACGUUGGAGGGGGGUGAGGACGAGGUUUAUAUCCUUAUGGUGCCGCCCAUGAACACGGUGCCUGACACAGCAACUAAGGAGAAGAGACAGGUCCCUGCCCCAAGGGGCUUGCAGUUUUGAAGGCUGCCAGGGCAGGGAGGUGAAGGCCAGGACGGUCAAGCCACGGAGGCCAGUUGUGGUGGGCAAGUGGCUCUGUGUGGCCAGGAGGGGUCAUGCUUCUCUUUAGUCUCCUUUGCAGUUUGGGAAGUGGUGGCAUUGGGGUGGGGGAAGGUGGCUUUGGAGAAAUUGGGUGCAAAAGGCUUCAGGGGCCUGGAGGUGGAAAGGAGAAAGGAGGCCAGCAUUAAAGAUUAUCGAUACAAACAGUUAAGAGCAGGUAUUAAAAGUGUUCAAAGGGUGAUUGAAAUCAACAGUUUAAAAGAAAGAAAAAGCACAUGUAAUUUCUCCAUGUCUGCAUAGGGGUGCCUAAACAAAAAAGUUUUAAACAGGUGCCAAGAAGAGUGCAGUGAAGGUGCACCUGCCUGAUGUCCAGUGGCAGGGAGUUCCGUAGUGCAAGUGUGGCCACACUAAAAGAUUGGAAUGAGCAUUAUGUGGCACCAGCUGCAGCAUCAGUUCCACAGACCAAAGCCGUUCAUUAGACAAAUAAAGGCAAGGCAGUCGCAGAAGUAAACUGGUCCUAAGCUCUUUAUGGCUUCAAUUAUUUUUAGUCUUUAUUUGUUCUCUGCCUUUCACCUUGAGGUCCCAGGGUGGGUUACAAACCCAAGUGCUAUUUGUCUAUAAAAAAAGAGGUUCCAGAACUCACCAAGAAUGCCUCCCCCAUUCUCUUAUCAUGGCAAGAGGAGAUGCUGGAUCUGAGAGAUGCUGGAUCUGAGUUCCGGCAGGUUCUGGCUGAAAAAUAUCCCUGGUUACAAUAUCCUAAUAGCAGCACCCUCAACUUGGCCUGGAAGCAAAUGGGUGACCUGUGCAGGUCUCUGAGCAGAGGAGUUAUGCGCUGACAGGGUCUUGCUCCUGUGAAGACUUCCUUGGUCUGAAUCAGCGGGGGCAGCUCUUAAACUGCAGGCUCACUCCCACUCUGUGGGUCAGCCAUGGGGCCACCGACCUCUUCAACAGUCAGAACAACAAGGGUUGCUACUACAUCCCCAUGUCCUAAAUUUUGUUAUUAAAUUUUAUUAUUUAUACCCCACCCUUCUUGCUGGGCUUCCCCAGCCACUCUGGGCGACUCACAGCAUAUAUCAGAACAUACUAAAACAAUAAACAUUAAUAACUUCCUUGAACAGGGCUGCCUUCAGAUGUCUUCUAAAAGUCAGAUAGUUGUUUAUUCCUUGCCAUCUGAUGGGAGGGCGUUCAACAGGGCGGGUGCCACCACCAAGAAGGCCCUCUGCCUGGUUCCCUGUCACCUCACUUCUCUCAAGGAGGGAACCGCCAGGAGGCCCUCGGAGCUGGACCUCAGUGUCCAGGCAGAACGAUUGGGGUGGAGACACUCCUUCAGGUAUACUGGACCAAGGCCGUUUAGGGCUUGAAAGGUCAGCACCAACACUUUGAAUUGUGCGCGGAAACGUACUAGGAGCCAAUGCUGGUCUUUCAGGACCAGAGUUAUAUGGUCUCGGCAGCCACUCAGUUACCAGUCUAGCUGCCGCAUUCUGGAUUAGUUGUAGUUUCCGGGUCACCUUCAAAGGGAGCCCCACGUAGAGCGCAUUGCAGUAGUCCACGUGGGAGACAACCAGAGCAUGCUCCACUCUGGUGAGAUAGUCUGCGGGCAGGGAGGAUCUCAGCCUGCGUACCAGAUGGAGCUGGGAGACAGCCGCCCUGGACACUGUGAAUGACCAGGAAUGGGGCCUUGAGGUCAUUGAAGAGAGCUUGCAUGUGGCAGCUGCGAGAAAAGGCAAAUUCCAUGCUAGGGAUCAGUAGGAAAGGAAUUGAAAAUAAAAUGCCAAUACCAUGAGGUCAUUAUAGGAAUCUAUGGCGAAGCCACAUUUGGAAUAAUGUGAAUAGUUCUGGUUGCCUCACUUUAAAAAAGAUAUUGUGGGGUUGGAAAAGUGUUCAGAAAAGGGCAGCCAGAAUGACCAAAGGGGCUUGCUUUUCUUUUCUUUUUAGUGUAGGGAAAAGGCAAACAAGAAAUGACAUGAUAGAAGUUUAUAAAAUUGUGCCUGGCAUGGAGACAGUGGAGAGAGGGAAGUUCCCUCUCCUAACACUCGAACUUGUGAAGCUGAAUGUUGGAAGAUUCAGGAUGGGCAAAAGAAAGUCCUUCGCGCAAUGCAGGGUGAAACUGGAACUCACUGCCUCAGGAGCCAGCGAUUGCUUUAAAAGAGGAUUAAAUUCAUGGAGGAGCAGAGGGCUGUCGUUGGCUAAGCCAAGGCUUAUCCCCAGGAUCAGAGACAAGGAUGUUCCUGGGAACCAGCUGAUGGGAAGGGCAAGGAGGGAAGAGGCUGUGGGGCUCAGGGCCUGCUUUGGGGCACCUAGAUAAGGACACAGGAAGAGCCAGGGACCAGGCAAGGGCCCAUGUAGUCCAGCAUCCUGUUCUCUCAGGGCCCAACUGGGUAGGCUUUAGGGACCCCAGCACAACCUCUCUCGCCUCCUGCAACCGGCUUGCAGACGCAUCCUGCCUCCAGCUGUGGCAGGAGGUGACCUUAUGUCCUUUUGACCCAGGAAAGUUGGGCCUCUCCCCUUGCUACCCUGAGCCUGGAUACCUGUCCCCUCCCCCUCCCCCGCCAGGGGAGAGGACCUGCGCGGGCUCCGAUCUGCGUGCUGCCACCUCCUGGAGCAAGCGUUCAUCUGUGCCUUUCCCUUCUUUCCUCUUUCCCUCCCUCCAGCGUCCUGGGAUGCCAUCAGGCGCUCGCAUGCCCCACCAGGGGGCUCCAAUGGGUCCCCCAGGCCCCCCCUACGUCGGGAGCCCUUCCGUGCGCCCCGGGAUGCCCCAGGCCGUGAUGGAGCCCACGCGCAAGCGGGCAGCGCCCCAGCAGGCGCAGCAACAGCAGGCGGCGCAGCAACAAGCGCAGCAGCAGCAGCAGGCGGGGGCCGCCACGCAGAACCGGCCCAGGAGGUGAGUGGAGCCCCUUUCUCCUUCCCUGCGGUGCAGGAUCCGGCAGCCCUCCGCCCCAGGCGCGCGUGUCUAGACCUGGAACCCGCAGGCUUCCGCUCAGCUCCCUGGAGGACGCAGCCUCCCUCUCCGGGGCAGCGCCUCUCUCCCUCCCGGCGCCCUUUCAGGAUCUGACUCGCGUGGCGCAGCUGUCCUCUCGCAGCUCCGCGCAGGGGAGGAGGCCCCCUGGUGGUCGGUAGGGGGGAUAUGUCCGGCCGGAUUCGCGUCUCCGCAGAUCCCUUUCUGCUCAGAGAAGCUGGCGGAGCAUCGUCGCCCCCACUGUGGUUUGAUCUGUACGCUGCCUUUCCAGAGCUAAAUCCACGCUCAAGGCGGCUCACAACAGGGAAGGAUUUGCCUGAUUGCUAAAGUAGGCAUAAACAGUAAAGUACACAACCAAACUGAACUGUUUCCGACAUAAAGCACAAUAGGAUUUAAAUUAAUAUACAAAUAUUAAUAUUGAUUUACCUGUCAGGAUAGGAGUUAGGGGUCUGAGGCUUGGGGUCUGAGGGGACACCUGCAGCAUUUCCUUCUCUCUCUUGGGGGCCACUUGGCCAGCCUUGGGCUACGGAAGGGGGUCUCCUCCUCUUGGCCUCUGUGCCUGUGAAGCUGCAGACAGCCUGCGGCUGAGCAGCCCUGCCCUGAAGGCAGAAGGCCCCUCCCUGAGCAAAGGCCUGGCCACUUGCUUGACCUCCUCCCUGGCAAUGGGGGGGGGGAGUGAGUGAACUGGACCCCACUUGGGAGAGGAGUUGGCCUGAGGGGAAGAGAGAGGGUGAGGCAGCCUGCAGCCCAACACUGGAAGACUCUCCAAGGGUCUCCAAACUUCUUGCAAACUGCCAGGUGUUAAGCAAGCACACCUGUAUUUAUGGAGGGAUGGAGUGAGUUUACUUACCUGCCCCUUUUCCACAGCGAGCUGUGCCCAAAGUGGCUCACAGCAUGCAUCCUGAACCUCUGAAGGCAGAGUGUUGGAAAUACAAAUACGCAAAAUGCAGAGCAUGGUAGUGAAUUCAAAAAAAGGGCAAAAAGCAGCAAUUUGGCAAGCGUGCAAUAAAGUCAAUAUACCAAAAAAAAAACCCCAACAAGCUAAGUGCAUAAACACAAAGGAAAACAAGUGUUAAGCCAUUUCUGGUGACACCCUUGUGCAAAAUAUACAAAUAUAUACAGUUGUGGCAGAGCAUUCCUGAUGCUCCUCUCGACCUCCGCGAUGCCUCACGCUAAACCCCGGGUGAAAGUCUCAGCGCUCAAGUCUAUUAUUAUUAUUAUUAUUUAUUACAAUUCAAUAUUUAUCUAAUUGCAUAUAUCUAAUUAUCCCUGUCCUUUUCCUUGAUAGGAACUCCAGGCAGCUUAAAAUAAAAAUAAGAACAGCUCAAACCAUAGGGAAAAUAUCAUUAAUAGCAAUUAAACACUGGUAGAUUUAAAACUAUAUAAUCCAUUAAAGACAUACAGAUAAGUUACAAUAGAAAACAGCACAGCACCAGCCCUUUUCAUCAUCAUCAUUAUUAUUCAUUAAAUUUAUCAUAAAGAAUAUAAUAAAGGAAAAAAGUAUCGAUAAGUUCAUAUUUUCUUUUUAUAAACUGCAUUGGGUUUUUUUCUUUUCAGUCAAGAGGUGAAUAAAUUUUAGGUAGGGGAAAAGUAAGUCUGUGAAAUAAAUAAUAAAAUAGAGCCCUCCCCUUGCAUUUUAUGGGAGGCAAAUGGAGAGAGGGAGGUCUGCAUGGGGGGGGGGUCUCUCGUGUUUUGCAUUUUGCGGGUUUCUGCCCAGGCUCUUUGCAUGCGCAGAUGGACAGCCCUGCAAAUCCCACCUUCUUCCUUGAAGGAGCUCCCUGGCUACUCCUGAGCCACCCCCGUGCCACCCUCACCUUCUUGGUCCCAAUCCACUGCUCUGGAUUUCCGGAGGUCUGGGAGGGGGCUGCUGAGGAGACCAUUCCUCGGUACCAGCUGCCCGUGGGGUGGCCCCCAGAGGAGGCCUGUGUGGCCCCUCCCUUCCUGCGUUUUGCUGCCAGGACGUUUUUAUUUAGGGGAUGGGGCUGAGGGAUGGUUGUACAUGGCCACUGCUUUCUGCCAGGGAAGCUCUCGCUGCGAUUCCUGCACUUCCAGGGGUUGGACUAGAUGACGCUGCCAUUCUCUGACUCUACGAUGCUGCCAGUUGUGAGGCCUCUGCUGGGUUGGUGCUGGCAGAUUCAGGAAGGGACCCCAUGGGUCAUCUAGUCCAACCUCCGGCAAUGCCAGGGUUCAACUGCAACUCGAGGGUGGGGAUUGAGGCAAGUGAGCCAAGCCGCAUGCUUCAGGGCACAGCAAAGGCCCUGAUUGGGAGAGGUGUGGAUGGGGGCCCCUUCGCAGCCCCUCGUGUGGCAGGUCAGCAACUGAGGCACUUGUCAGGCUGUGUCUGUGCCACCCUUGGCAGACAAGCGGUCCUGUGCCCUCUCUUCAGUCAGGGCAACCUGGGGUGGGAAAAGGCCCUGGCUUCCACCACAAGGACCCUCGUGGCCGAGGGGGUGGGCAGGUUCCUCCUGGGAAGCAGAGCCAGCCUCCUGAGACUCAGGGUGGGUGGGGAGCCGAGACCCUCCAGCAGAGGAUCAUUUAGCAGGUGACCUGGGCUAGUUGCCUUGGUAACGUGUGUCUUCCCUCCCCUUCAACAAACCUGCAGCGCCAAGAGGAGGAAGAUGGCUGACAAGAUUCUCCCACAGAGGGUGAGUUUCUUUCUUUUCCAUUUUGCUUCCUCAUCGGACCCUGACGGGCUCUCCUCCCCAUCUGAAGGAAGGUCUCCUGGCUCCUUGUUGUGGGUGACAUGGAGCCAGCACAGCAAGAACUCCUCCCUUGUGGGGGGUCAGGAUGGAUGACCCCUGGGGUCCCUUCCAAUUGAAUGAUGCUAGGAGCCCACUGGUUAGGCAGGCCUUUGGCUUCUCCAAUGUGAGCAGGUGGGUGUCUGUCUACCUGCCUGUCUCCCAGGUGGGAGGCCUUUCGCUCACCUGAGCACUGCCCUCCCCGUGUUCUGCGUGUGUCAAGUUAAAGGGAAGCUCAAGCAAGUUCUUCUUCUCUUGCUUCACCUUUCCCCUCCCUCCCGCGAGGAUUCAUGCGCGUUAAGUGGUGAAAGUGCUUCCUUUCCCCCCUUUGAAAAAUAUUUAUAUUUAAGUGAAAGUAUUCCAGUGAGUUAAAAUAAAUAAGAAAAGGGAAAAAGAAAAAGGUUACAUUAAAAAAAAAAAUUAAAGGCAGAGGAAAACAACAACAACAACCAAACAAUCAAGGUUACAGAAUUCUAUAGUAUUUAUGUAAAUGGAUAAUCUUAUUGUUUCCCUCCAAUAUUUGUUGCUGUGGUUUCAAUAAACACAUUCCAAAUAUCAUUAAGUUUGUCCAUGCUUCCUCCAGAAUCCCUUGACAAAGCCUUGCGGUGUUAAUAUUUUGCAGGUCACUUAGAGGCUUUUUUUCUUUUGUAUUAAGCAACCAAGAAAGCAAAUAAGCCUAUGCAUAAAUGCCCCCCCCCUGCAUUGGGGGGGGGCAUCUUCCACCUCCUUGCUUCUGGCUCUGCUUCACCCUCUGGAAGUGAAACGCUUCCUCUGCACGAAGGAAGCUGCUUCCUCCUGAGCCUGGCCAGGACUCCACCUAACCCAGCUCUGACUUGCAGCAGCCCUCCAGGGUCCUUGCCCGGGCCUGUUCCCUGACAUUCCCCCCGAGAGGAGAGGGGUUGAACCAGAGACCUCCUGCAAGCCAAGGGAGUCCCUCUACGACGCUCUGCUCUCUUCCCAGAUCCGGGAGCUGGUGCCAGAGUCUCAGGCCUACAUGGACCUGCUGGCAUUCGAGCGGAAGCUGGACCAGACCAUCAUGCGGAAGCGAGUGGACAUCCAGGAGGCCCUGAAGAGGCCCAUGAAGGUAGGAGCAGAUGGGCCUCCCUGAUGCUGGAGAAGAGCCCAGCGCAGUCCCCUCUGAUGUCGUGGACUGGCUGGACGCAGAGGAAUGAGUGGUGGGGGUGGGAACCAGCUGGGGAACCCUCCAGGGAAGAAGGCUCAGAGCCCAGGGAGUGGUGGUGGGGCGACAAUGAAUGGUCAGAUGGAGAAGAUUGGGAAGAGGAGGAGGCGGAAGCUGAAGAGGCAACAGGGUUUAGUGAGGAGGGAGAAUCUGUAGCAGAGAGAAGUUCAGACUCAGAGGCAGAAGCUGAGGCAGGAGAGGAGGGUGGCCAAGAGGCAGAGAGGAGUCUGGCUAGUGAAGAGUGUGAGAACGCUGAGGAUAGUAGGAGAGGAUAUAUUGAUUAAAUAUUAUCCUUCCUCACUCACACUAGUGAGAUAGUAGCAGAGCACAUUUCCUUGUUGCUGGUUGGUGGAUUCAUUAGAACCGUUUGAGUUAAGCAAUCCAGUCAGGCUUGUCCAGAUUGGAUUGUUGCUGGUAAAUUUCCCCUUUAGUUCCCUCUUAAAAACAAAAAUGACACAACAGUCUUCUUUUGAAAGUAAUGACAAGGUUUACUUACAUUCAGUUCACAGUACGGUCCUGAAGGCAGGCUUUGGCUCGUAGUUACAGUUACAGAGAAAAGUGUGGGUUCAUCCUCUGUGAGGGAUGAGCCCAUGUGCUGCUGGCUGAGAGCCAGAAGACAGCCAAAGGCAAAAUGGAGAGAAGGGAUCAAGAGAGAGAGAUGGCUGCAUGACUAACCCUUUUGUAGUGUCUGCCGGGGUCACAUCCAUCUACCUGGUCACAUGCAGGGGGAGGAUGCUCCAGACCAGGUGUGACAGGAAGUCCUCCUGGCUGGAGCAACAUUCUCCUGUGUGUCUGACUGCUUCAGUGACGUUACAUCCCACAAAGAGGCAUGAGUGUCUCCUCCUCCUGCUACGACAAACUCUCCUUCCAGUCUGUCUCCUAGAACCAGGAGAGGAGUGAAGAGGGCGAAAGAGAGGUUGGCUUCAUGCAACAGUCUCCAGUUGCUUGGGGAAACCCCCAGAGAAGAGGGGUCUUAGACGGCUGUAGGGAGCUGGGGACUUGGCAGCUGCUUCAUGGGAGCAAGACUUGCCAGAGCUGAGCUGCUGUGCUCUGGCGCUCCUCUGCAGAUCCUGGUAUUGCUAGUAAAGAGUUAACUCCAACUUGCUCAGUGUGAUUUACUGCUGGCUCGCUCCCGUCAUCUGAGCAGGCAGGAAGGGGCGGGGAGGAGGCGCCUGGCCCCACUCCUCCUGAGGUGCCCCAUUGAGCAGGAGCCUCCCUCCUUCCUUGCCUCCCCCCAGCUCAGACUCUCCUCCCUCCAACAGCAAAAGCGGAAGCUGCGCCUUUACAUCUCCAACACCUUCAACCCGGCCAAGUCGGACGCAGACGACUCAGACGGCAGCAUCGCCUCCUGGGAGCUGCGGGUGGAAGGCAAACUGCUGGACGAUGUAAGCUCUGGGCAGGUGGACUUACCUGCUUUCACAUCUCUCUGUGGGGCUGGGGGAGAAGUCGGGCGAGCCACCUGGCCAGGUGGGGCAGCUUUUGGGGAAAGCAGCUGAGGGGCAGAGGAUGAGGGAAACCAGGGCUGCAAGAGGCACCUGCUGUGGGCCUCAGUUCCCCUUGGAGAGCCAAGGCAGUUGGCACAGAGGCCUCCCGGAGUGAAAAAACCCCAAUGUGGGGGGGGGAAGGGGAGGGGCCAGGGUCCUGGGCCAAGCAAGGCCACGAUCCCUUGCAGCAGUGCGUGUGUGGAGCUUGCUUGAAGGAUGAGGGAGGCAGGGCCAGAAGAAGGGGGAGGAGGGGGUCCGAGAAAAGGAAAAUAUCUGGGGAAAUGUCCCAUGCCAAAGGGGGCAGACAUGAUAUGGGGGAGAAGGAGUCCCCCAAUAGCAUCUGGUGCUGGCCUCAGAGCUCAGUGGGGCCUGGAUGUUGUUCCCAACCCUCUCUGUGGGACUGGGAGCCACCUCUUUCCUCACCAGGGCCUCAUCCCUUGCUCUUGCAGGGGGUGGACUGGAUGACCCUCAGGGUCCCUCCCAACUCUGCAGUUGUGUGAUUCUUGUUGGCCUAGAGUUGAGACCCUUUCGGCUCCUCGUUCCUUGUGCUCUGACAUCUCUCCCUCCCGAUUCUACAGCUCAGCAAGCAGAAAAGGAAGUUUUCCUCUUUCUUCAAGAGUUUGGUCAUCGAACUGGACAAGGACCUAUAUGGACCAGACAAUCACCUGGUGGAGGUGAGUGGUGCCCUUGGUCCCAAGUAGGAAGCAGGCCCUGCCUGGGCAAGGCAAAGGGAGCACCUCCCUGUCCUUGCAUCCCAUUGCUGCAUCCCAUCUCCCAGGUGGUCCCUCCAGUCCCACCAGUGAUGCUGCCUGUGGCCAUUCAGACAGGGAUGGUACCUUCUCAAGCCCUCUUAGUAUGCACAGAAGAGCCAGCUGGACCAGGCCAAAGGAUCCCACCCAGUCCAGUGUCCUGGCCUCCCAGUGGCCGACCAGAUGCCCCAAGGGGAAGCUCAGGAUUCCCAGCCACUGCCGUUCAGAGUCAUGUUUGCCUCUGACUCUGGAGGCAUCUCUCAUAACUAGGAGCCCUUGGCAGCCUCCUCCUCCAUGGAUUGGCCCCCCUUAAUGCCCUCCAAGUUGGUGGCUGCCAUUGUCGCCAUCUCUUGUGGGAGUGAGUUCCACAGUUUAACUCUUCGCCGCUUGAAGAAGCCCUUUCCUGAAUCUCCCAACAUCCAUCUUGGUCGUCCAACACCCACAAGUUCCAGUCUCAUGGAAGAGGGAGAAAACCUUUCCUCUCUCCUCCGUUUCUCCAGGCUGUGCAUAAUUCCAGACGUCUCUUCCAUGCCACUGCUUCCUUCCAUCUCCUCUAAACUAGGAAGCCCCAAAUGUUGCAACUCUUCCUCCUGGGAGAGUUGCCCCCACCCCCUCGCGCAUCUCAGUCGCCCUUUUCCAAAUCUUUUCCGGCUGUAGGACACCCUUUUUGAGGCGAGGGGACCAGCACUGCAUGUGGCCCCACCAGAGAUUUGCAUAAUGGCGUUAUGAUAUUGGCGGUUUAUUUCCAUCCCUUUCCUAAUGACGCCCAGCAUGGGAUUCACCUUUUUCCACAGCUGCUGCACACUGGGUCGAAAUCUCCGUCAAGCUAUCCACUAAGAACCAAGGUCUGUUUCCUGGUCAGUCCCUGCCAGUUCAGACCCCAGGACCGUAUAUGCGUGAAAUUGAGAUUUUUGUUUUUUGCCCAGACACAGAUCACUUUGCCCUUGUUGGCAUUGAAUUGCAUUUGCCCCUUUUCUGCCCAUUUGCCCAGUUUAAACACAUCGUAAGAACGUCGUGCCCUAAAAAGAGCUUGCAGGAUCAGGCCAAUGGGGGCCUGUCCAGCCUCGCAUUCUGUCCUCAUAGCAGCCAACCAGACGCCCAUUAUGGGAAACGCGAGCACAAGAGCAGCCCUCUCCCCUCCAGGGAUUCCCAGCAGCUGGGAUUCUUGUGGCAGGGAGUUCCACAGUUUUUUGUUGUUGUUUUUUGCUUGCUUUUAUUCAGCAUGGUCAAACUGACAGAAUCCUCGUGCAGAGAUACUUUAACUGGCAAGUCACAACACUAUCUUACAGGUGUUCUGGAUGACUUUGCAAACAAGUGAUGAACUCUUUGAUAGACUUCCCUUCAUAGCAGAUCAGGUAGACGUUCACAAAUAAUGGAAACCUGGGAGAAAUGCAAUUGCUAAAGUAAAUUUUCAUGCGAAAUACAACCAAUUUAAAUUUUUACCCGGGAGUUCCACAGUUUAACUCUGUGCCUUGUGAAAACGUCCUUCCUUUGAUCUGUCCUGAAUGGUCCAACAUUCACCUUCACUGGACGACCACGAGUUCCAGUUACGAGGGAGGGAGGAGAACUUCUCUCUCUGUCCACUUUUCUUCGUGCCACACACACUUUUCUAAACGUCUACCAUGUUGCAUCCGUCUGGAGGUGUCCACAAUGUCUUUUUGCAUGGGUGAGCCUUGCUGAGAGCACCAUCCUGCCCCUGGCCUUGGCCCUGACCUGCGCUUUGCUUCUCCUUCUCAGUGGCACAGGACCCCCACCACCCAGGAGACGGACGGCUUCCAGGUGAAGAGGCCGGGGGACGUCAGCGUGCGCUGCACCCUCCUGCUCAUGCUGGACUACCAGGUCAGUGGCAAUGGAGGGGGGCGUUUCUGGGCACAUGAGACCAGAGACCAGCACCCCAGGGUCGGCGGUGGGCUUGAGGGAGCGGACCCGGCCGGCUUCGAGGCAACCCCCCAAGCCAGCCUCUCAUCCGCCGGUGCUUCCUGGCCCCUCUUUCUCCUGCAGCCCCCCCAGUUCAAGCUGGACCCCCGCCUCGCCCGCCUCUUGGGGAUCCACACGCAGACGCGCUCGGCCAUCAUCCAAGCCCUCUGGCAGUACAUCAAGACCAACAAGCUGCAGGACUCCCACGACAAGGAGUACAUCAACUGUGACAAGUAUUUCCAGCAGGUGAGUCCGUUCUCCUCACCUCUCCCCCUCCAGGAGGGGCUGGCAGGGCGGAAGCUGUGAGCCACCCAGCAGCUGCCCUAGAGGGCCUGGGGGGCUCUGGGCGCUGGAAGGAGGGACCUAGACUGAGAAAGAAUGAAUGGGGGACUGGGUGGGAAAAGAGGUGUCUGCCAACGUUCCUGCAUCUCCUGUCCUUCUGGAGUUCAAGGGAGAGAGGGGAGGCCCUUCCAGACCAUCUUGGGUUAUCCCCAGGGGCCACGAAUGGGGCUGGGCAAUGUCUGGUUUUCAACUUCAUGAUAUAUCACCAGCUAAACACUGCAGUAUGUGGAACGCGGGUGGCGCUGUGGUCUAAACCACAGAGCCUAGGACUUGUCGAUCAGAAGGUCGGCAGUUCAAAUCCCCGAGACGGGGUGAGCUCCCGUUGCUCGGUCCCUGCUCCUGCCAACCUAGCAGUUCGAAAGCACGUCAAAGUGCAAGUAGAUAACUAGGUACCGCUCUGGCGGGAAGGUAAACGGCGUUUCCGUGCGCUGCUCUGGUUCGCCAGAAGCGGCUUAGUCCUGCUGGCCACAUGACCCGGAAGCUGUACGCCGGCUCCCUCGGCCAGUAAAGCGAGAUGAGCGCCACAACCCCAGAGUCGGCCAUGACUGGACCUAAUGGUCAGGGGUCCCUUUACCUUUACCUAAACACUGCAGUAUACAUUUUUUCAACUGUCUAUUUGCCAUACACAACUAAAGCUGUAUUCGACGGACGAAAGGAUAUAUGAUUUUUGACAUGACUGAGAAUCGUAGAGCCAGGGAUGGAGAACUUUAAAGCGUUAAGAUUGGGAUGUGGAAAAUAUGAAAACCAUGAGCGGAGGCGGAACUGAAGAUUUGGAGAUAUGCUUCAGAGGUCCAGACUAUGGGGAGCCUAGAAAAAUUAAUAAUUAAAAUUUGGAUUACAAUUUGCUCUUUCCUUUUUAUUUUAGUUUUUUGUUUUUAAUUAGAUUAUGAUGUGGACAUGUCGAAUGGCUGUCUUUAUUGGGGGCGGGGGGAAUGAUUAAAAAACUACACUGCAGUAUACAGUGGUACCUUGGUUCCCCAACGGCUUAGCUGAUGAACAAAUCGGCUCCUGAAAGCUGCAAACCCAGAAGUGUGUGUUCCGGUUUGCAAACAUUUUCCAGAAGCCGAAUGUCCGUUUUGGCUGUCGACAUUGUUUCCGGGGCCAGUCAGCUAAUCAGAAGCCGCGCCUUGGUUUGCAAACGUUUUGGAAGUCAAAUGGACUUCCAGAACGGAUUGAGUUCGAGAACCAAGGUGCCACUGUACUGAUAUAUCACGAUGUCUGAAAUAAGGAUGGAGCUAUGGCUUCACGGUUUUUCCCACAUUGUGCUUUUUGCAUAACGCAUCGUGAUUUGCAAUAUAAAGCCAGUUGAAAACUGUGAAACCGAUGUCACAAUAUGGACUUCAAGCUGCUUUGGGACGCCAUCUCACCCGGCCCCAGCCAGGGAGUGCUAGGCCCUUCCUUGGAGCACGUGAAUUGUAGAAUGGUAGAUUUGGCAGGGACCCCCAAGGGUCCUCUAGCCCACCCCCUGCAAUGCAGGAAUCUCAGCUGAAGCACCCAUGACAGAUGGCCAGCCAACCUCUGCUUAAAAGCUUCCAAUGAAGGAGAACCCACCUCCUUCCAAGGGUGUCUGCCCCAUGGUCAAACAGCUCUUGUGGGGGGGGGGUGAGAGGGGGGGCAUUGGACAUGAAUUGAAGCCCCUUCCCAGGCCUCCAACCUUGGCUGGGCUGCAUGGGGCCACCAUCUCCCAUUGCCGGAAGCAGGCCUUCCGACUAGGGUGGCCCUGUUCUGUUCUCUGCUCCUUUCUCUUCUGAGAUAAUAAUAAUAAUAAUAAUAAUAAUAAUAAUAAUAAUAAUUUAUUAUUUAUACCCCGCCCAUCUGGCUGGGCUUUCCCAGCCACUCUGGGUGGCUUCCAACAAAAUAUUAAAAUACAGUAAUGCAUCAAACAUUAAAAGCUUCCCUAAAGAGGGCUGCCUUCAGAUGUCUUCUUAAAGUCUGGUAGUUGUUCUUCUCUUUGACAUCUGGUGGGAAGGCGUUCCACAGGGCGGGUGCCACCACCGAGAAGGCCCUCUGCCUGGUUCCCUGUAGCCUUGCUUCUCACAGGGAGGGAACCACCAGAAGGCCCUCGGAGCUGGACCUCAAUGUCCGGGCAGAACAAUAGGGGUGGAGACGCUCCUUCAGGUCUACAGGGCCGAGGCCGUUUAGGGCUUUUGAGGUCAGCACCAACACUUUGAAUUGUGCUCGGAAACGUACUGGGAGCCAAUGAAGGGCUCCCUUGCAGGAGAAGCUCCUUUACCUUGGAUUGGGGGUGGGUGGGGGGCACUGCAGCUUCUGGUGGGGGGGACUAGGGUUUGCUUUGAGGGCCACCGACCUCCUGACACCCAGCCACUCCCCCCCUUUAUGGUUUCAGAUCUUUGACUGCCCGCGGCUAAAGUUUUCCGAAAUCCCGCAGAGGCUGACGAACUUGUUGCUGCCGCCGGAUCCUAUUGUCAUCAACCACAUCAUCAGGUCAGGCGGCCCCACCUUGUCCUCCAGCGGGGAGAAGCGUAAACUUGGAAGGGGUCCCAAGGGUCAUUUAGUCCAACCCCCUGCAAUCCUGGUGGGACGGCAGUUGGUGACUUGUGGCCUGGACUUAGAAUCAUAGAAUCAUAGAAUCAUAGAAUCAUAGAGUUGGAAGAGACCACAAGGGCCAUCGAGUCCAACCCCCUGCCAAGCAGGAAACACCAUCAGAGCACUCCUGACAUAUGGUUGUCAAGCCUCUGCUUAAAGACCUCCAAAGAAGGAGACUCCACCACACUCCUUGGCAGCAAAUUCCACUGUCGAACAGCUCUUACUGUCAGGAAGUUCUUCCUAAUGUUUAGGUGGAAUCUUCUUUCUUGUAGUUUGGAUCCAUUGCUCCGUGUCCGCUUCUCUGGAGCAGCAGAAAACAACCUUUCUCCCUCCUCUAUGUGACAUCCUUUUAUAUAUUUGAACAUGGCUAUCAUAUCACCCCUUAACCUCCUCUUCUCCAGGCUAAACAUGCCCAGCUCCCUUAGCCGUUCCUCAUAAGGCAUCGUUUCCAGGCCUUUGACCAUUUUGGUUGCCCUCCUCUGGACACGUUCCAGUUUGUCAAUGUCCUUCUUGAACUGUGGUGCCCAGAACUGGACACAGUACUCCAGGUGAGGUCUGACCAGAGCAGAAUACAGUGGCACUAUUACUUCCCUUGAUCUAGAUGCUAUACUCCUAUUGAUGCAGCCCAGAAUUGCAUUGGCUUUUUUAGCUGCCGCGUCACACUGUUGGCUCAUGUCAAGUUUGUGGUCAACCAAGACUCCUAGAUCCUUUUCACAUGUACUGCUCUCAAGCCAGGUGUCACCCAUCUUGUAUUUGUGCCUCUCAUUUUUUUGCCCAAGUGCAAUACUUUACAUUUCUCCCUGUUAAAAUUCAUCUUGUUUGUUUUGGCCCAGUUCUCUAAUCUGUCAAGGUCGUUUUGAAGUGUGAUCCUGUCCUCUGGGGUGUUAGCCACCCUCCCAAUUUGGUGUCAUCUGCAAAUUUGAUCAGGAUGCCCUUGAGUCCAUCAUCCAAGUCGUUGAUAAAGAUGUUGAAUAAGACCGGGCCCAAGACAGAACCCUGUGGCACCCCACUAGUCACUCUUCUCCAGGAUGAAGAGGAACCAUUGAUGAGCACCCUUUGGGUUCGGUCAGUCAGCCAGUUACAAAUCCACUGAGUGGUAGCAUAGUCAAGACCACAUUUUACCAGCUUCUUUACAAGAAUAUCAUGAGGCACCUUGUCAAAUGCCUUGCUGGAAUCAAGGUAGGCUACAUCCACUGCAUUCCCUUCAUCUACCAGGCUUGUAAUUCUGUCAAAAAACGAGAACAGGUUAGUCUGACAUGACUUAUUUUUCAGAAAUCCAUGCUGACUAUUGGUGAUCACAGCAUUCCUUUCUAGGUGCUCACAGACUGUUUGCUUAAUGAUCUGCUCCAGAAUCUUCCCUGGUAUUGAUGUCAGACUGACUGGGCGGUAAUUAUUUGGGUCCUCUCUUUUCCCCUUUUUGAAAAUAGGGACAACAUUUGCCCUCCUCCAGUCUGCCGGGACUUCGCCCGUUCUCCAGGAAUUCUCAAAGAUGAAUGCCAGUGGUUCUGAGAUCACAUCUGCCAGUUCUUUAAAUACUCUUGGAUGCAGUUCAUCUGGCCCUGGAGACUUGAAUACAUCUAGACUAGCCAAGUAUUCUUGUACUAUCUCCUUAGUUAUUCUGGGCUGUGUUUCCUUUGCUGAAUCAUUUGCUCCAAAUUCUUCAGGUCUGGCAUUGUUUUCUUUAUCGGAGAAGACUGAGGCAAAGAAGGCAUUGAGGAGUUCAGCUCUUUCUGUGUCCCCUGUUUGCAUUUCACCAUCUUCUCCUCUGAGUGACCCCACUGUUUCUUUGUUCUUCCUUUUGCUACGAACAUACCCAUAAAAGCCUUUUUUGUUGCUUUUAACCUCUCUAGCAAGCCUGAGUUCAUUCUGUGCUUUAGCUUUUCUGACUUUGUGUCUACACGUGCUGACUUCUGGGAUGCUUGGGUGGGGUGGGGGUGAAGCCUUGCCUCCUCUCCUCCUGGGGUGCAGUAACUCCUUCAGGGGCCGUGGGCAGGACUCAGAUUCCAUGGUGCCCCUUGUGGGCCUUCUCAGCGAGCGCAACGUGGAGGAAGGGUCCCAAUUCUGCAAGGAGGAGAUGUGAGGCUCAUGGAGUGCCAGCCCAAAAAGAGGUCUAUAUCAGUUCAGCAAGCAGGGGGAUGAGCAUGUGGGGUCCAGGGAGAGGGCUCCGAGGGCCAGAUGAAGGCCAUCUUCCCGUGACCAUCCUCGCCAGAGUCUCUUUUUGUGCUCACUGAGAUGUAGCAGCAGUCUUGUGACCCCAAAGCCACAAGGAGCUGCAUGCAGAAGGCCUCUGGGGCUGGGGGGGGCUGGGAGGGGCCCCAAACCUCUGCCAGUGAAGGUAGACUAUUCUGCACCAGUCAGAAAAGUGGGUGGUAAUAAUAAUAAUAAUAAUAAUAAUAAUAAUAAUAAUUUAUUACUUACAGCCCACCCAUCUGGCCAGGCCUCCCCAGUCACUCUUGGGAGCUCGCAACAGAAUAUUAAAAACACAAUAAAGCACCAAACAUUAAAAACCUCCCUAAACAGGGCUGCCUUCAAAUGUCAGAGAGCUGUUUAUUUCCUUGACAUCUGACGGGAGGGCGUUCCACAGGGCGGGUGCCACCACCGAGAAGACCCUCCCUCCUGUGAUUUUGCUUCUUGCAUUGAGGGAACUGCCAGAAGGCCCUCGGAGCUGGACCUCAGUGUCCGGGCUGAACGAUUAGGGUGGAGAAGCUCCUUCAGGUCUACUGGACCGAGGCCGUUUAGGGCUUUAAAGUUCAGCGCCAACACUUUGAAUUGUGCAUGGAAAGGUACUGGGAGCCAAUGUAGGUCUUUCAAGACCGGUGUUAUGUGGUCUUGGUGGCUGCUCCCAGUCACCAGUCUAGCUGCCGCAUUCUGGAUUAGUUGUAGUUUCCAGGUCACCUUCAAAGGCAGCCCCACAGAGAGUGCAUUGCAGUAGUCCAAGCGGGAGAUAACCAGAGCAUGCACCAGUCUGGUGAGACAGUCUGCGGGCAGAGAGGGUCUCAUCCUGCGUACCAGGCUACUAGGUGAUUUCUUCUGGGAGCAUCGCCUCACCUUGUCCAGAGGCCUGACCCCCCCUGGCUCCCCUCCUAGUGUGGACCCCAAUGACCAGAAGAAGACCGCCUGCUACGACAUUGACGUGGAAGUGGAGGACCCCUUGAAGGGGCAGAUGAGCAGCUUCCUCCUCUCAACAGCAAACCAGCAGGAGAUCACAGCCCUGGACAACAAGGUGCUUAGGGGGCGGGGCGGGGGUGUGUGUGGGGAGAAGAGGCAGACUGGGGGCCUGGGGUGCUGGGGCAAGUGGUAGGGGAACUUAAGUUAAGAGGCUCAGGGGCUUUCCGUUUGGAGGAACUAUGGCCAGCUACAGCUGAGGGGAUCAGUACCACUGGGGGCAUUGUAGAACUGUAGGUGUGGAAGGGACCCAAGGGUCAUCUAGUCUGACCCCCUUCCAUCGCAGAUAAAUCACAGGAUGGCUUUACAGGCGUGUGUCUGCAGUCUGGUGUGAAGACUGAAGGGCUCCCUUUGGGGACCAGGUGCAAAUCCCACGAGGAGAAACGAGCCUCUUAUUUUCCUUCCCUGCUCAGAUUCACGAGACAAUCGAGUCCAUCAACCAGCUGAAGAUACAGAGGGAUUUUAUGCUCAGCUUCUCCAAAGACCCCAAAGGGUACAUCCAAGAUCUCCUCCGAUCCCAGAGCAGGGAUCUCAAGGUGGGUCUAUUGGGGGGGUCCUAAGUGCACAAAGGGGCAGGUGGGGCUCCUGCAAUGGGGUCUUAUUGGGAGGGUGAGAAGACAGUGUCUGUGGCUGUUUUUACAUGUUAAAAUACCUCAAAGUCACUGCAAAAGGAUCCCACGGGGGCCUUGCUCCCAGUGGCUGUUCAGAAGGAUGGAUUGGAACCUAUGGCUCACUAGCCAGCGAAAUGGCAGCAUAGUGCGGAGUCUAAAAGGUUUGGCAGCAGCGUGUAGCCAUGGUGGCCAGGAGCCAUCAAUAGCUGCCUCCUCCUCCAGCCCUCUUUAAAAGCCAUUCAAAUUUGUGGACACCACUGCAUCCAGUGGGAGGGAGUUCCACAGUCUGCACUGCAUGAAGAAGUACUUCUUUUCCCCUGCCCUGAACCUCCCAACAAUCGGCUUUGUUGGAUGUCCGCAAGUUCCAGCGUUAGGAGAGAGGGAGGAAAACUCAAGCAUCGCCCUUGAGCCAGUGCCACCAACUGGACUCACACACUUCAGCCCCGACUGGGCCAGGCGAGCUGGGUAGCACUUCCAGAGACCACCUUCUGCACAGGAACAGGUCAAAGUGCUGUGGACUCACAGCUUAGAGUUGUGAGCACCGGAUUCACUUCCACAAGAAGACAGUCGUCGCACAGCAGAGUAUAGCAGAGCAUAAACGACUCGGAGAGCAGCUCUGUAGAAUAUCAUCUUUAUUCUGUCUACAACUAUAAUACACAACUAUGUACAGAGCUAAAUGAGGUCUAAACGAAAAAUGCUGAACUGCACUGAGUGUCUGCAGCUGCUGUAAGCAGCAACCUUAUCUAUACACACGAUCUCUCUCUAACACUCAGUCUUUCUCUCUCUUUGACGUGAGGCUGGAGCGAAAUAAGUAGAGAGCAGAAACUGCCCCCUCCUCUCUUGAGAGUCAGCAGAGAACAUCAGCAGAUUCUUGGAUAUGGGAGGGGUGAAAUCUCCUCAGUUUUCUCCAUGCCACGCACAAUCUCAUCCGCGCCUAUCAUGUUGGUCCUAGUCAGGGAAUGGCAGUGCCUUUGUUGGGACCAACCCAAAUGCCCCGGGAUGGACUUCUCCAACUCACUCUGUGAGGGGCUUCCAGUACAUGCUGUCUGCAAACUGCCCUUGGUGCAGAACGCGGCAGAAUGCCUAGAACUGAUGGGGCUACUCUGAUGCCACGUUGUCCCCUCUGCAUGGUAGGUGAUGACCGACGUGGUGGGGAAUCCCGAGGAGGAGCGGAGGGCAGAGUUUUACCACGAGCCGUGGUCCCAGGAGGCCGUGAGCAGGUACUUCUACUGCAAGGUAAGAGAACAGAAUAGAAUUUAUUAUUUAUACCCUGCCCAUCUGGUGGGGUUUCCCCAGCCACUCUGGGCGGCUUCCAACAGAGUAUUAAAAGACAAUGGUCUGUUAAACAUUAAAAGCUUCCCUAAAGAGGGCUGCCUUCAGAUGUCUUCUAAAAGUCUAGUAGUUGUUCUUCUCUUUGACUUCUGGUGGGAGGGCUUUCCACAGGGCGGGUGCCACUACCGAGAAGGCCCUCUGCCUGGGUCCCUGUAACUUGGCUUCUCGCACUGAGGGAACCACCAGAAGGCUCUCGGAGCUGGACCUCAGUGUCCGGGCAGAACGGUGGUGGUGGAGACGCUCCUUCAGGUAUACUGGACCAAGGCCGUUUAGGGCUUUAAAGGUCAGCACCAACACUUUGAAUUGUGUUUGGAAAUGUACUGGGAGCCAGUGUAAGUCUUUCAAGACCAGUGUUAUGUGGUCUCAGCGGCCACUGGUCUAGCUGCCACAUUCUGGAUUAGUUGUAGUUUCCAGGUCACCUUCAAAAGUAGCCCCACACAUUGCAGUAGUCCAAGCGGGAGAUAACCAGAGCAUGUACCACUCUAGCGAGACAGUCUAUGGGCAAGGAGGGUCUCAUCCUGCAUACCAGGUGGAGCUGAUAAACAGCCGCCCUGGACACAGAAUCGACCUGCACCUCCAUGGACAGCUGUAAUUAAUUAAUUUUUAUAAUGAAAUUUUUUUAGAAUGUUGGAUUAUUUGAUGGUUGUUAGCCACCCUGAGCCCGGCUUCGGCUGGGGAGGGUGGGAUAUAAAUAAAAUUUUAUUAUUAUUAUUAUUAUUAUUAUUAUUAUUGAGUCCAGAAUGACUCCCAGGCUGCACAGCUGGUCCUUCAGGGGCACAGUUACCCCAUUCAGGGCCAGGGAGUCCUCCACACCCGCCCGCCUCCUGUCCCCCCAAAACAGUACAAAAACAGGGGACAAAGUUGGAGGCAGGCUGAGCUGGGCUGGGAGGGCGAAGCCCCUUCCAUCGCCCCCCAACUCUCUCCUUUUGCCCUUUCAGAUCCAGCAGCGUCGCCAGGAGUUGGAGCAGUCUCUGGGGGUGCGUAAUACCUAAGUGGGGGUUUCCGGCCUGGCUGGCCGGCCCCUGAACCAGCGGACUGACCUGUGUCCCCCCAUCGCCCCCCAUCCCACAGAGGGUGGGCUUUCUUCACGACUGGCCAAGGGGGCAGGUCUGACUCGCACCACCACCAGCGCCACCAGUCUCUGGCCACCGUUUGAGUGUGUUUUGCCCCACUGACCUCCUUCUCUUCCUCCUCCUGCGGCUGCUGAGACCCUCCCAGGCCGGAAGGUGGCGAGGUCUCCCCUCACAUCGCUCACGCCGAUCAUCGGGUGCUGGAGAAUGAAGGACACCCCCUCCCCAAGCACACAGGGCCCCUCCUGGACUAAGACUUGGAAGGGGAGGAGGAGCCCAGUGGAUUGGUCAGAUGCUCCUAAAUCUCUCUCUGUGUGUCUCCCCCCCCCUCCCUCCAGGGGUGCCAACUUGAACAAAAUAUUGGGGGACCCAACUAAGCCCCACCUCACAUAAUUGAUCACAAGUCAUGGCACAUGCACACUAUUUGAAGAGCAAUGCCCAUUAACCUUGGGGGGCUGUGGCCCCCUCAAAGUUUUUAUUGGGGCCCCAAAGGGACCUUGGCCCCUAGGAGUCGGCUCCAAUGCCUGCCUGCCUCCUUCCUUCCUUCCUUCCUUCUUUCCUCCUUCCUCCCUUCCUUCCUUCCUUCCUUCCAUUCUCUCUCUCUCUCUCUCUCUCUCUCUCUCUCUCUCUCUCAUGGUGCCCUUCAGGUGUUCUGUCUUCAUGCCCCUUUGCAAGGCCAUUUAUGGCCACAUGAGCAGCAAAUCCCCCCCCUUCACUGGACAGAUGGAGGCUGCAGAGAGACGUGGGUCUGGGGGCUGCGGUGCUCACCUGGUUUGCUAUGGAGUGGAGCUCCUUGCAAAUCUACCUGUCUCCAGGCUGCCAGCUGUGUCGCCCGUGUUCCCUCCCUGCCCUCUUCCUCUGCCAAGGCCAAAGAGGCCACAGACCCCCCUCUGUCGACAAGCCCUGUCCCACCGCCCUGACUUUCCUAUCUAUCUCUGCAGGAGUGUGGGUUGUGGUGGGCACUGCCAGUUCCCAACAGAGCCCCCCCCCCCCCGUUGAGAUGGAGAUGGAGACCUGCCCCCUGGCCAGCCCCACAGGCUGUCUGCGUUCCUGUCUGCCCUCUGGCAGGCUGAGACCCAAGGCAGCCGCUGAAGAGGGUCUUGCUCUCUGCCUCUUCCUGCUGUCCGUGGGACCCCUUAGAGGGUGUGAGGAGGAGCCCUGCGGUGGCAAAAGGCUCCCCUUCUCAUGAGAACAGGAUGCUGGGCUGUAGCCCAAUGGCCUGAUCCUGCAGCCUCUCCUUAUGUUCUCAUGCUCCUCGCUAGCCAGGCCUCUGGUGGAUUUAAGCAAAGCCAAAAGGGACACAGAGAGAGAGAGAGACUUAGCCAAAGGUGGUGGACUCUCCUCCCUCAGAGGUCUUUAAACAGAGGUCGGACGGCCAUCUGUCAGGAAUCCAUUAGCUCCGAUUCCUGCCGUGCGGGGGGUGGACUAGAUGCCUGCUUGGGGUCCCUUCCAACCCUGUGAUUCAGUGCUAAGAGGCCAGCUGCCAAAUCCCGGUUCCGCUUUGCUCUGCCCCUCUGCACUGCACUUGCAAACUUCUGGUGCCAAACUUCUGGGGGACUUUGGCAGGGGGCUGCCAGGGCCACACACCCCCCCCCCGGACCAUGCAAGGAUUAUUCUCCUGCCAGCACAACAGCAGUGGCAGCCCUGCUCACCACCCUCCUUCCAUGCUGACUGCCUGCCCUGGGUAAGGUCUCACCACUGGGUGGCAAUGCCACUUUCAGACGGAAACCACGCCUGGCUCUUGUCUGCAGCAGCUGCCCCUCUGUAUUGGCGUCCUCCAAAUGCAACGACUCAGCCUGUAGAUUUCAUCGCUCUGUGGGCUUCUCAAGUUUCCAGCCUGUCUAGGCUGGGGCAUUUUAUUUUGGGCUUGAGCCCCUGCCCAGCCGCUCCUGGGGGUCUGCCAAGGUAGGCGUGUUAUGGCUGGCGAGGGGCCCUUCUGAGCUCCCCCUGGGAGUCCCAGCUGGUGCCAGUCCUGGCUUGGUUCUGAUCCUGCCCUUUUGCCAGGAUGUGCCUGCUCCAAGCAAACCUGCUGGGACUGACCCUCACCCACCAUGUGCUGAGCCCAGCGUCCAAAUGCCCCCGACCCCUCAGUCUGGCCACCAUGGGCUCUCCUUCCUUGGGGGUCUUUAAACAGACGGUGGGCGGCAGUCUGUCGAAGAUGCUUUGGUUGUGGUGCCUGCAUCGCGUGGGGAUGAGCUAGAUGACUUUUGGGGUCCCUGCAAGGAGCACGCAGUGAUUCCCAGGCUGAGGGGGGAGCAGGGGCUCGUUCUCUGCAGAAGAGACAAAAGGGGUGCUGUCCUGUGGAGUGGGGGGCGCAAAGGCAGAGGUGCCUGAGUGCUGCAUGCCUGGCCCCCCCUUGCUUUUUUGUGCCAGCCCCACUUCAGAGGGGGCAGCCAGAUGACAAGGCAGCUGCUGUUUCUGGGGUGCAGGUUUGUGCUUUUUCCUAUUUUCACCACGGCUCUGUUGUUCUCCCCUUCCAGCGUCUUGUUUUCACACGUCCUCCUUUGGGGCACCCACAAACCCUCCCUUGCACCCAGGUCCACCUGGUCACCCAUCUUUGGGGGUGGGGGGGUGGAGAGUGCGACCCAAACUCCCCCCUCCCUCCUCUCCCCUCCUCCUCCUCCUCCUCCUCUUCCUCCAUGGCUGCCGUGUCUUUGUCGUUCGGUGCUGAGUGACUCGUAGAGAAGCUUUUAAAUAAUAAAGAUUUUGUUCCUUUGU